AUGGCGUCUCAGAGGGAGAAAUGUGCUGACCAAAUGAAGCUCUGGCAGGAGAGCCGGGGCUCGCAGGUAGUACUGCAGGGGGGACAGCCAGGCAAGGGGUACUGCCAGGGGGGACAGCAAGGCAAGGGGUACUGCCAGGGGGGACAGCCAGGCAAGGGGUACUGCCAGGGUAACUGCAGGGAGCCAGGCAUUGCAUCUCAUUAUUAUCAUUAUUAUAUAUAUACAUACAGCUUUAUCAGCCAGGCAGUCUGGACAUUCUAUAGGUGGAGAAUUAUAUAGGGUAUAAUACUGUAUUAUAAUAAUAAUAAUAUAAUAUAGGGUAUAAUACUAUAUACUACUACUAAUAAUAAUAUGGGGUGUAAUACUAUAUACUACUACUAAUAAUAAUAUGGGGUGUAAUACUAUAUACUACUACUAAUAAUAAUAUGGGGUAUAAUACUAUAUACUACUAAUAAUAAUAAUAUGGGGUAUAAUACUAUAUACUACUACUAAUAAUAAUAUGGGGUAUAAUACUAUAUACUACUACUAAUAAUAAUAUGGGGUAUAAUACUAUAUACUACUACUACUAAUAAUAAUAUAGGGUAUAAUACUAUAUACUACUACUACUAAUAAUAAUAUAGGGUAUAAUACUAUAUACUACUACUACUAAUAAUAUGGGGUAUAAUACUAUAUACUACUACUAAUAAUAAUAUGGGGUAUAAUACUGUAUAAUAAUAAUAAUAGGGUAUAAUACUAUAUACUACUAAUAAUAAUAUGGGGUAUAAUACUAUAUACUACUAAUAAUAAUAAUAUGGGGUAUAAUACUGUGUAAUAAUAAUAGGGUAUAAUACUAUAUACUACUACUAAUAAUAAUAUAGGGUAUAAUACUAUAUACUACUAAUAAUAAUAUAGGGUAUAAUACUGUAUAACAAUAUAGGGUAUGAUACUAUAUAAUAAUAAUAAUAAUAAUAAUAAUAAUAUGGGGUAUAAUACUAUAUACUACUAAUAAUAAUAUGGGGUAUAAUACUGUAUAAUAAUAAUAUAGGGUAUGAUACUAUAUACUACUACUACUACUACUACUAAUAAUAAUAAUAAUAAUAAUAAUAAUAAUAGGUAUAAUACUAUAUACUACUGAUAAUAAUAAUAGGGUAUAAUACUAUAUACUACUAAUAAUAAUAAUAUAGGGUAUAAUACUAUAUACUACUACUAAUAAUAAUAAUAUGGGGUAUAAUACUAUAUACUACUAAUAAUAAUAAUAUGGGGUAUAAUACUAUAUACUACUAAUAAUAAUAAUAUGGGGUAUAAUACUAUAUACUACUAAUAAUAAUAAUAUGGGGUAUAAUACUAUAUACUACUACUAAUAAUAAUAUGGGGUAUAAUACUAUAUACUACUAAUAAUAAUAUGGGGUAUAAUACUAUAUACUACUAAUAAUAAUAUGGGGUAUAAUACUAUAUACUACUACUAAUAAUAUAGGGUAUAAUACUGUAUAAUAAUAAUAGGGUAUAAUACUAUAUACUACUAAUAAUAAUAUAGGGUAUAAUACUAUAUACUACUACUAAUAAUAUGGGGUGUAAUACUAUAUACUACUACUAAUAAUAUGGGGUGUAAUACUAUAUACUACUACUAAUAAUAAUAUGGGGUGUAAUACUAUAUACUACUACUAAUAAUAAUAUAGGGUAUAAUACUAUAUACUACUACUAAUAAUAAUAUAGGGUAUAAUACUAUAUACUACUACUAAUAAUAAUAUAGGGUAUAAUACUAUAUACUACUACUAAUAAUAAUAUGGGGUAUAAUACUGUAUAAUAAUAAUGGGGUAUAAUACUAUAUACUACUACUAAUAAUAAUAUAGGGUAUAAUACUAUAUACUACUAAUAAUAAUAAUAUGGGGUAUAAUACUGUAUAAUAAUAAUAAUAAUAAUAAUAAUAAUAUAGGGUAUAAUACUAUAUACUACUAAUAAUAUGGGGUAUAGUACUAUAUAAUAAUAUAGGGUAUAAUACUAUAUAAUAUAAUAUGGGGUAUAACACUGUAUAAAAUAGGCAUAAUACUGUAUAGUAAUAUAGGGUAUAAUACUGUAUAAUAAUUAUAUAGGGUAUAUUACUAAUAAUAUGGGGUAUAAUACUGUAUUAUAAUAUAGGGUAUAAUACUGUAUAGUAAUAAUACAGGGUAUAAUAAUAAAAAUAUAGGCAUAAUACUGUAUAGUAAUAUAGGGUAUAACACUGUAUAGUAAUAUAGGGUAUAAUACUGUAUAGUAAUAAUAUAGGGUAUAAUACUGUAUAGUAAUAUAGGGUAUAACACUGUAUAGUAAUAAUAUAGGGUAUAAUACUGUAUAGUAAUAAUAUAGGCAUAAUACUGUAUAGUAAUAAUAGGUAUAGUACUGUGCAUUCUUUUGGCUAAUUAUAUAGAUAUACUGUAUAGUAAUAAUUAUAUAGAUAUACUGUAUAGUAAUAAUUAUAUAGAUAUACUGUAUAGUAAUAAUUAUAUAUGGUAAGAUACUGUGCAUUUUGUGUGAUAACCUAGGAGACAACAUUACACACUCUGUAUAAUACCAUAGGGGACACUAUUGUACAUUCUGUAUAAUACCAUAGGGGACAACAUUACACACUCUGUAUAAUGGCAUAGAGGUUCAAUAUUGCACAUAAUGUAUAAAUAUUCGGAGUGCAAUACUUCACAUUCUGUAUAAACAUAUAUUAAAUAAUAUUGCACUUGCUUUUAAUUCAAUAGGGCAGUGGCAGGCAUUGCUAUAUUGGCAAUACAUAUGUAAUGUUAGGCACAGAAUGUGAACUAUGCCCUAUAUAACAACAAGACAUGUACAAUAUUAUGCCCUAUAGCAGGGGUAGGCAACCUUCGACACUCCAGAUGUGGACUAUGUCUCCCUUGCUGUUUUGCCAGGGUUAUGGCUGUAAGAGAGAUCUUGUCCACAUCUGGAGUGUCGAAGGGUGCCUACCCCUGCUAUAGGGCACAAUGAUGUACAUGCCAUGUUGUUAUAUAGGGCAUAAUUCAUAUCCUGUAUAAUUGUAAAUUGCUUAAUAUUAUGUAUUACCAAUCCAGCAAUAACCUCUGUCUGCAGCUGUUACUGCAUUAACAGCCUUGGGUUUAUAUAAAUAGUAUAUUGUAAUGGCUAAUUAUUAUAUCAUUAUUCGAUGUAAUAGCUCUGUGUUCAAUGGCCCUAAAAAAAAUAAAAGAUGGUUAAAAGUACAUUAAGAUGCCAGUGGAAUUUAGGAAAAUUAUUGGGGAAUAAACUCCGGUAGGGCUGCAGGUGCCAAAGGCUGGCAAACUGGACUCUAAAGUUUGAGGGCGGUUUGUGGAUAACCCGACUGUAACUCAAGCUCCUGAUGACUACAGUAUGCUCUGCAUGUUGUAUAUGACUUGGCUGCCUCUCUGUACCAAUAUGUGUAUUCUUCAAAUCGCCAAUGCCAAAAUAUGCAUUAUCCUGAUGGACAGGUGUCCUUUGGGCAUUAAUGGCCAGCCGUGGCAUUGCAGAUGUUUGUGAGCCAUAACCCGAGUGUUUAAAUAAUGUUCAGCCAUCCUGAAGUUGUGCUAAACAGCAAUACUGGAAAACAUCUUGUUACAAUGGUUAGAGGUUAGCCCAAAAGUCAAGAGGAACAUUACAUUGAACUUUCAUCGUCAGUGCUAGGGGUCUGUUGACCUGUUUAAUAUUAACUACCAGAGGACCUUCCAAGCCAACUUAUGACUGUGAAUCCUUUGUAGAUGUUUACGUGUUUGUCUGUGCCAAGAAACUUUGUACCUGAUGUUUUAUCUAAUCAUUUGAGUUCUAAAGUCACCUCAUGGCAUACUUAGACCACAUUAUAACUUGCUAACUGUGUAUGUUAAACUUACCUAACUGAUACAAACAAAUUUAUUUAGUAUGCAAAUAGUGACUUGUUUUAUAUUAGGUCUCACUGGAGAUAGCGCUGUGCUCAUCCAAACAUGUUACUACGAUAUGCAGAAUAGUUGCUUUUGAUUGAUGUUCCAAAUUAGACUACUUUUAGAACGCUCCUUAGAAUGUGAGAGUACAAUUACUGGCAUGAAAAAGAAAACUGAUAAUAAAAUAAAAGGUGUUUGACUAUUUUAUGCACUUACAGGGCACACAUGUAGAAUAUUCUUUCUCUUUUUUUUUUUUUUUUCUUCAAUAUAAUAAUCUUGACAUUGUACUUAUUUGUACAGAACACACACAUUCAAUGUACAAAAAUGAAUAUAAAAUCUUUUGAAUGCAUUAGGGAAUCUAACCCGAGAUAGUGUGUGUGUGUGUGUGUGUGUGUAUAUGUGUGUGUAGUAAUCAGAUUAAAUGUCAAGUUUUCAAUUUCAAACUUUUGAAACUAUUUCAAAACCAUUAUCCGUAAUAUAAUCCUAUCUUUCAAGAUUCCACAGGAACAAGAGGUUAAUAAAAAUAAAUUUCACCUCCCCUGGUUGUAGUGUCCGUUGGCCCGUGUCCUUUGGAUUCUGUCCCCUCUAGUUGUCUCUUAAAAUUCUUUACCUUCAGAACUUGUUUAGACAUUUCACAUUUUGAAAUUACUGCAACACCGUCCUGUUAUAAAACAUAUAUAUUGGGUAGAUAUUUUAGAAAACAUAUGUGAAUAUUAAUUUAACAAACAUUUUUAUGGAAUUGUACAUUUAGAAAAUACCAAGAAAUUUUUGCCUAAAACUACCAAUUUACUGACGGGUCUGCAUAUUUCUCUUUUAGUCAGUGAAUCCCAUAGUGAAAUUUUAUUUAUUUGUAUUUUUUUUUCGAUACAGACUGCCUGGCCCACCGACUGGGUGCCUCCGCGAAUCGCUGCUUCCUAGAAGCCUUGAGUACUAUAAGCACCGUAGCCCCUUAGCCGCCGCAGCUUGGCUGGGGUCUCACUGUCCUGCACACACCCUGGACCUAAGACAAGGAUCCAGCUUCCUGUGGGUGGACCUCUCCUCCUCUUGAGAGUAUUGCUGUGUAGCUCUUACAAGAGCUAGUGAUUAUAGCCAGUAUAGUAAUCCAAAGUAGGUUUAGCUGUUCCCUACAAUCACGAGAUGGGGCUACAUGUUGAGAGUGAACUGACUUUAAAGGGACCACACUUGGCCUUUUAUGACAGUCCCCAUGUAAGGGGCACUCCCCCCUGGACCUGAGAGUAAACCACAGUAGAAACAAAUGCACAAUCACAUUGGCUCUUAGAUUCAGGACACUCCCAUACAAACUAGGCCAAUCCCUCCUCUGUAUCAGGGAGAUAAUUGAGUCAAAUACUGUAUUAACUCAAUUAUCUCCAACAUAUCCAAAAAUCACCCUGAUUGGUUCAGGACUUUCCUGGAAGUCAUAGUUUUGGCCGACCGCACGCAUGUUCCCAUGCCCAAAACAGUUCCAUAGAAUUGCGGCUAAGUGCCGCUGGGGACCGACCUGGAACCGGAAAGUUUUCAUGCCGAAAAUAGUUCCAGGGCAUUUGCGGCUAGGUCCCCCUGAAGUCUAUCGGCGGUUUUGAUCCAUGCGAAUGGCCGCCAGUGAGCUAGCGUUCGGUUCCAUGGAAAGUGCAGAACCAGGGGCAAUAAAAUAUGGGUCUUUACAGUCACUGACCUGGCCUGUAGUCUUUUGGCAGGAGGCUGGCAAGCAGGCCCCUCCAAAAGCCCAAACCUCGCCACAAUCCCAUAAAUUCUCGCAGGGUUAUUCAGUAGACCAACUCUAUAGACCAGAAUUGGGCAGCUGUAAAUAUAACAAUUUUAAAUUUCUUUUGUCAUUCCCCAACAGUUCUGUCUACUAUAGAUCAGACCUAAGGUGUGCUGAUUCUUAUGGGUGUGCAUUUAGCUUAUUACAAUCUAUUUAAAAUUCCCCCGAGUCAACAUACUCUGCAUGUUUAUUUUCCCUUUGACAAAAAUAUGUUCGAUACAAACUGCACGUUUAUUCAGGUGAUUGGCUGCUGAUAACCCAGAUCACUUCAUCUCAAUGAGUAGUUGAGAAAUAAUUCUCAUGUUUUCAUAUUGCUGUGUCCACAAUCCAUGUUAAAGGGAUAGUAUUCUGAACUAUGGAACCAGUAGUGCCCCUGAUCUUGCUCUGAGGAUAUUCUUAAUCUCAACAGAACCUUGGUGUGCAGAGAUCUUUAUUACAAGGCCAACAGUGUGAUCAGUGUACCUGUCAUUAAAUGUGAUUUGGCUGGUGUGUGUGCGCAAUGUGCUGCACUCAUGACUCCAAGCUUCUAGCCAGUGUAACUAGGAGAAGGGAUGCAUAUAUUCAUUAAAUCUGUAACAUGUUAAUGUAUAAUUAUAGCACAUCUUUAGCUUUUGAAGUUGAACCCUAAAGUUGGUUUCCCCGUGCCCGACACAGCUGACCCUCUUCUUCCUGACUGCUGCAGUAUGAGGACAAUUUGGGUAGGUAAGGGGGAAGCAGUCGAGCACUGGGGGACCAACUUUAUGGUUGAACUGUUUGAAAACUGUAAGCCCCUGAAGGUGAGACUGUGCAUGGAAACGCCUGCCCCAGUUACUGAAGGAUAAUAUGUUUCUUGGCAGAAAUUCUUUGUUUGUUUGUUUUUGUUCUUAAGCAUACAACAAGGUCUACUUCUCUUCUGUGUUUUUUUUUUUUUUUUAUCAAUAUUAUUUUCCUUUGUUUGUGGUUUUUUUUACAGCAGCUGUUUUGUAGCAAAUCCUACCCGCAAAAAGUUUUAUUUAAUAAACAGUGAAUUGUACUGAAUUGCAGUCUGAAUGGCAUAAUUUAGGUCACCUCAGGAAAGCUGUGACUAUAGCAAAGUUCGUAAACCAUUCCAAAUCCACUAGUAUUGCCUAAAUUCUGCACUUCUGUAUUUAGGGAACAAUAAACCUCCCCCCCACCCCCCCCCUCACAAAAAACAAGCAGUACAUUGUAGACAAUCUGAAAAACUACACUUGGUUAAAGUACUGUCACAUUUGAUUAGUGAAUUAUGAUGUACCAUUAAUGUAUGCAUUACAAGUCCCUUGUAAUCCUAGUUUAUCCUCAUAAAUCCCGGCUAAGUUUAUGGCUAGGAAUUUAUUAUUUAAUUCUUUUUCUCUUCACCUGCACUGUGUGGAGAUUGUUCAGUAACGUGAACUGUAAACAAAGUCUAGGCAAAAGUGAAUUAGCCUGACCCUUUACCUAAAUAUAAAGAAGUAAAGGGCCAUAUAGGUAAAGAGCAAAGUUCUAAAAGUGAAGCAAUCUUCUGGAACAGAUCUUUGUUUCCAUGUUGGUUGGUAACUAUAGCAUUUGACCAAUAAUUUUGUUUUUCUAUAAACAGGGGCGCUUACAGUAUAUAUUAGCAUAUUUAACCAUAACUGCGUUGGUGUGCCAUGGUCUGCAUGCUUAAAGGGACACUAUAGUCACCUGACCAACUUCAGUUUAAUGAGGUUGUUCAGGUGAGAACUAUAGCUCCCUGCAGCCUUUUUCAUGUAAACUCUGUAUUUUCUGAGAAUAUACAGUGUUUACAUUGGAAGCUAGGAACACCUCCAGUUGCAGUCACUCAGAGUGAACCAGAGGGACUACAGAGUUGAUGGAGGCAUACUAGAUUUAUUGAUUCAAUUCAUCUCUGAGGAGAUGCUGACUGGCCAGCACCGUGAUUGGAUCAGGCUACCAUAUGUCAGCAGACUGCUUGUUUUUCUGAGUCUAACAGCAUGCAGAUUUACAACUUCAGGCUUGAAUACAGUAAGAUUGUUACUAUAUUUAUGGAGGCAUGAGGGGGCCAGGGUGGCUAGAUGGUGGUGUUAACACUGUAGGGUCAGGAAUACAUGUUUGUGUUCCUGACCCUAUAGUGCUCCUUUAACCCCUUAGGGACCAAAUCUCUGGAAUAAAAGGGAAUCAUGACAUGUCAUGUGUCCUUAAGGGGUUAAAGGGACACUGUAGGCACCCAAACCACUUCAUUAUAAUUUAGUGAUCUGGGUGUCCUGUUCCUGUAGGUUUUUAACCCCGCAAGUGAAAACCGUUCUACAGAAAGGCAAUAUUAACGUUGCACCAUUAAUGUGCUUCUAGUGUGGCGGAAGAGUCGGGAGACUGCCAAUAGCCAAUAUUCAAUCAGAUGGUCUGAUAGAGGCCAUUUGAUUGGUGUAACAUGCUGCAUAUUGCUGCACAUGAACAAUAGCCUCCCUUAUGUGGAAACAUUGGAUUGGCUGAGAUCAUCUACACUGAUCUCCGUCAAAGAGGCGGAGUGUCAGGGCAGAGAUUAGCACGGGCUGCAAGAUGAGUAAAAAUGGGUAGUUAACGCUAGACAUUUUUUUUUUUUUUUUUUUGAGCAUUAUCUGUGCCUCUUGGGCCCAGUGGUACUUAAAGGGACAGUUUGUACACCAUCAUGUCAUUGCAUUUAAGCUGUUGUGCCUGGAGUUGUAUAAUAACUGGUGCUUGUCUGCUUUUUCUAAUGCAAUUGUCUCUGGCAUUCAAUUUCCCAUAUAAUUCUGUGUGUACUUAUUGCAGGAUUUUAUACAUUUUAUUUUAUUACACUACAGUUCUGGGAACAAGUCUCAUGGAGUCCUGUUUCUUUUAAAAGCUGAUUUUGUAGUAAACAGUUUGAGAUUAGUAUAGGUUACAUGUACUGCUUUUAGUUAUUUAAUCUGAAUAGGUUUGCCAAAUUUACCCUACUCCUGAAGUAAACAAUUUUUUUAUUUUUUUUGUUGAUCUCACAGCAGCUCUGGGUCAGUUUUUCUUGGCUCAAAUUAUAUCCCAUGAUCUGCUGAGAAUACAUGAUAUAAUUUUUUUUUUAAUUUUUUUUUUCUGGAUUGUAAAAGGUCACAGAAUAACAUUGGCAGCAUUGUUUAAAAUUUUCCCAAAUUGCUGAAGCAUUUGAUUUGUCUUGUGAACUAUUUUUUUUAAAUUAUUAUUUUUUUUUUUUUAAAUUCCACUGUAGUUUAAAAAAUAAAAUUGGGUGGAACAUUUUUGUGCAGUUUAUGUAUAAAACAUGUGGGGGCAGUAUAUGAACCCCCACCCAUCAAACUAUUAAUUAAAUGAAAUGUGUGUUCUGUCUAAACUUGAAUUGCUGUAUCAACUCCUACAACAUUUUGGAAUAAACAGUUAGGCUCUUGUUUUGCAAAAAAUAAGUUUGUUGCCUUGCAAUGAAUUGUUUUUUUGGAAUUGGGCAGUUGAAAGAUAAGCAGAUACCUUCUGCUCAAUAUAGAUGUAGCACUGAGUUUGGCAAGGUCCCAUGUUCUAAGAGAUUUUGUAAUGCCAAGGAUAAUCGGACUCUCCUUUCGUUAAAGGGACACUGUAGUCAGCAGAACAGCAGCAAAAUGUAGUUGUUUUAGUGUGUAUAGCCUGUCCCUACAAGCUUUUCAAUGUCAAAACUGGCUUUUUAGUCACUCCAGAUUGCAACUAGAGGUGCUUUCCGUGUCAGUGCUGCACUUCCCCACAGAGAUGCAUUGGGUCAGUGCAUUUCCACGAGGAGAUGCUAAUUGGCGCAGAGUGGCGUUUUUUUUUGCUGUGCAUGCGUAAAAGCCUCCCAAUGUUUUCUUAUGGUCGAGCACUAGAUUGACUGAGCUCAUAAAGAUUGAUCAGUCAAGGGGUCAGAGCAUGGGUGCAGCAAACUGCGACCAGACCUGCAUGGCGCGGGAUAAAGGUGAUUAAAAUUUCCAGAGGAAAGUGGGGGCUUAAACAGCUAUUUAGACCAACAGUGUCAGGAAUACAAAUAUGGUAGGUAUUUUGUUUCUUUAAGUGUGUAUGUGUGUGUUUUUGUAAUUUAUUUAAUUUUAGAAUUUGAGGUUGCAGUGAACUUUAUCUUGUUAAUUCUAGUUGUUUUUUUAUAUUUUACUGUUCAACUUGUAUAGCUAUUGUGAAUUAAGGUAACACUGGGCAUUAUAACCACUACAGCUUGCUCUAGUAGUUAUGGCCCUAGGGCCCCUAUUUUAAGAAGCCCCUUUUUUUUUUUUAUUUUUUUUUUUUAGCCUUUUACCGAAGGUCUGCCAGGCACUGCUUUCCACCUUCACUGCUAAGUACAAAGAGCAAAGCUCUACUAAGGCAAACCGUGCAGUGCUGAGCGUGUCGGCUGAUUACUUUCAGCCAAUGUACUUAGAGCACUGUACCACUGAUGGAUUGCUAGUGGGAAGGGGCACCUUGCAGACUCAAAAUAGAGAAGGCAAAUUGUGGGGGAGGGGGUACAUGUGCACUCUUGGCACCAUAACCACUACAGUGAGUUGGAAAAUGUGUUGUAAUUAAGCUAAUACAUGAAAAUAACACAUGCUGUGCAAUGCUCGGUUCUUAUACUUGUCCUCCGUUUAAAUGAGGGACGGAGAAUCCCUGUGCAAUAUAUUACUUCCUUGGUCUCACAUCUGUGCAAGUGUUUGCGUAUAAUAAUUAUUCUCUGUAUAUUCAAUAAUUUUAUAUAUUUUUUUUUUGUUUAUGUAUGUUUGCUUUAAGAGACCUAGCAUAUAUGGAAAAACAAAACGGUUUAGUGAUCUUACUGCCAGUUGCAUCUUUUUCUCAAUUUAGAAACCGGAUGGCGUCACCACAGGAGGUGGCAACCCAAUAUCUGACAAGGGUAACCUACUAACCGCUGGUCCAAGGGGACCACUGCUGCUGCAAGAUGUGGCAUUCUUGGAUGAAAUAGCUCAUUUUGACAGAGAGAGGAUCCCCGAAAGAGUCGUUCACGCAAAAGGCGGAGGUAUCAUCAUUUCAUAGUUUAUAUGUUCUUUUACUCACUAAACUGGUAAUGGACGAUUUGGAAAGGGGAUUAGAAUUUACAAAUUACAAAACGUAACUUUAUUUAUUUUAGGGGCUUUUGGCUAUUUUGAGAUUACGCAUGACAUCACUAAAUACAGCAGAGCCAAAGUAUUCGAAUACGUUGGAAAACGAACACCAAUUGCCGUGAGGUUCUCCACUGUUGGUAUGAUUCCAAUAUCUGAUUUCAUAAUUUAAGUCUGUCUUGGAGCCCUCUCUCAAUUUUCAUGUAUUUCUCCUCUCUUCCUCCCCCCACCACAGCGGGAGAGUCUGGCUCUUCUGACACAGUUCGAGACCCUCGAGGGUUUGCAGUAAAAAUGUACACAGAAGAAGGAAACUGGGAUCUAACUGGUAAUAACACCCCCAUAUUCUUCAUCCGAGAUGCCAUGUUGGUGAGCAUCAAUAGAAUGCUGGGUGUUUAGAAUCGCUUCUUGACUUUAAGAGGGUAGCUAUAAUCCCAACUGUCUCUUAAUUGAGACGUCAAUAACUGUUCUAAAACAGAGCUAGCCGGAAGUUUUUAUUGAUAUAUUACUUUUAAUUAUUUAUUUUGCAAAUGGAGGUGACCAUCAAUGAGUUUUGAAUUGCCCUUGUUUUUUUUUUUUUUUUGGGGGGUUUAUACGCAGAUGGAUUUAGCGUGGCUUCAGGGGCAGAUUAAGAAUAUAGCCUGUAAUUUGGGGUUUUAACCCAUUAUCACACAUUGAGAAGUAUCUUAAUUUAUUUCACUUAUCCUUAUCUCCAGCCUGUACCAGCUCUGUGGUGGUGAGAGGUUUAAUGGCAAUUUGUUUUAACUUUCCCAUUAUAUCAUCCAAAGGAGAGUGGGACUGGCAUUAGCUAUUGUAAAACCUCUCCAAUUGUGACCCCCUGUAGCUAGAUAGCUAGACUGGACACCACGUAUGUGUUAAACUGUAAAUUGUUUAACACUUUAAAGGUAAGAUAGCCAGUGGACUAUGUGCACCAUAACCACUUCUUUGGCAUACCCAGAGUUCUUUUAACUUGAUUGGAAAGGGCGUCAGAUGACUGUUGGCAUUAUGUUUUUAUGAGACUUCAUCUGACACGUUUGCUAGAAUUCUUGAAUGGGAACAUGCGCUUUAAUUAAUGCUUUAUUAAAACUUCCAUAAACCGCUGUGGGGUUUGUUAGCACUACAUAAAUUAGAUUUGGCUGUUUAACGCUUUCUGUGUCUUCUUCAGUAGACUUCUGCAUUGCUUUACACUCUAGCGCUUCUUUUGGCUUAUAAAGCAUUGAGUCUUUAGAAUUCGCUACUACAGAGCAGCUUGCAUAAUGAUUUAAUCUUCUGAACAGAGCUAAGGGUUAAAAACGCCAAAGCACAUGUUUAAUCUUGUGACCUAGAACUAAAUGCAAAGUCUGGGCACUGUGAUCAUGUUGUGUAAUAGUUUAUAUUGUAUUUUUGCCUUAGGGAAGCUAAGAAAUAUUGUGCAUAGUGCAGCAUUGUGGUGAAAAUAGAGUACUGCAGAUGUUGUGGAUUUUUUUUAUUUUUUAUUUUUUUUUAUUGUUUUACAUUUAUUUUUAUUUUUAAGCGUUUUAUCCCUAUUUAACAACUAUGGUUUGGCGAGCUAAAAAAAAAUAUUUAAAUGGACACUUCUGUAUUUACUGCUAUCCUAGAACGGAGCAGGUCCAUCUUGGUUCCCUAUUGAUCAUUGUUAUUAUAUGCCAUUUCCUUUUAUGUCAUGUAACAUUUAUUUAUUUUUAACAGAAUAUAUUUGUAAAUCUUCCCAAACGUUUAUUCUUUCUUCUUUAGUUCAGUGUGCACUGUGGCUCACUGAACAAACUUAGAAUGUGAAGGAAGAUAAGAACCAUCCUUUAAGGGAUCUAUGGCAACAUACCUCAAUACAGAAUGCAUCUGUCAUGGUUAACUAUAUUUAUCGUGUGUGUGUAUAUACACAAAAAUGUUUUUUAUUAUAAUAAAUAUAUUGUAUAUCUCUCAAAUAAGCAUUGAGAGAGCACUCCCAACGCUUCAGGAGUUUAGGUUGCAAACUGAAACCUCAAUCUUUUGAUUGUGAAGAAUAAAAGUUACGUUUUAAUUUUACUACCUUUGGAGUCCUGGGAGUGCUAUCUCAACACUCCUUUUGCUAUAUUUAUGCUAACAAGCACCAGGCAACAAGACCAGUAAGUUGGAAGGCUAGACUAUUUUUGGUGUGUCUCAGUGUCAAAAAAGGUUAUGGUGGGGAAAAAAUUGUGAUUGAAAACCCCUUCCACUUGAAGUCUGUGGAUAGUUAACAAUGUUGAACAAAAAUCUGCACACCAGUCAAGCCAUAAGACUUGCUUUUCCCAAAGAAAUCACAAAUUUGCAGUGAUGUUACACCGCAAAGGAUUCUGGGUGGGCAUAUGCAAACUAGUUUAACAAAGAAUCACAUUUUUGCCUCAUUCCAUUUUAAACCUGGAUUCCUUUGGGUCCGUGUUUGCUGUAUACAACAUCUUUGAAACACAACUUAGGAAAAGAUGCAAAGCCAGUGAACCACGCAUGGACAGCUGUCCAAGCACUACCAAGCCUCAUCAGCAUGAGGUCGGUUACGGUUUUGCUAUUGAUUUGCAUUAACAAUGAAACAGCUGUCCAUGAGUGGUUCCCUGGCUUUGCAUCUUUGCCUAAGUUGUGUUUCAAAGCUGUUGUAUACAGCAAACAGACUCAAAGCAAUCUGUUUAAAAUGGAAUGAAGCAAACAUGUGAUUCUUUGUUAAACUAAUGUGCAUAUGCCCCAGAAUCUUUUGCGGUAGUAACAUCACUGCAAACUUGUGAUUUGUCUCCUUUUAAAUAUAAUCUCCUCUUCUGUGUUGAUUCCCUUAAUGUUUUUAAAUGUUUCUAUCAUAUCCCCCCUGUCUGUGUGCAGAUGCUGACACUUUUCUCAACUACAUUGACAGACCGUGAUUGGAGGCUUUGAUUCACACUUGAAAAUCUUAGCAACUUACAUUCCAAUCAUAUCCCCCAUCUCAUUUUUACUCCAAACUAUACAUGAUCAGGUCCUUUAACCUUUCCUGGUUAAAGAUAAGGUCUCAAGUACUGCAUACAAUACUCCGUGUCCAAUGCCAUUGUACAGAACACUGGUAAGACUUCAUUUGGAGUAUUGUACGCAGUACUGGAGACCGUAUCUCCAGAAGGAAAUUGAUACCUUAGAGAGGGUUCAGAGAAGGGCUACUAAACUGGUUCAUGGAUUGCAGGAUAAAACUUACCAGGAAAGGUUAAAGGAUCUUAACAUGUUUAGCUUGGAGGUAAGAUGAGACAGGGGGAUAUAACUGGGAUGUCGCACAUUUUACUAUUCAGUAAAAUCGCUUCCAUUGUAUUUACAUAAAUAGACGAGAGAAUUUAUCAUUAGAACUGACGCAAUACGUUUGUUUUUAUUUAUUUUUUAUAUGAUCUGUGUUUUAAUGAGCAGUUAUUGUGAUUGAAAUGUUUGUAUGAAAUUCAUAUUAGGAAAUAACAUAACUGUGAUACUAUAAACCAUUACGGAAUAUUUAAAAUCUGAUGAAUCAGCUGUAAUAUGCUUCGUGAAAAGAAAAGGAAAAAAUAAAAACAAAACCCAAUUAUCGGGAGGUAAGUUGCUAAGUUUUACCAAGUGUGAAUUUAAGCCCCAAAUCACUGCCUGUUAAUGUAGCUGAGAAGAGGCAGCAUCUACACACAAAAACCUAUUUUGCCUAAUGUGACACACGUAAUGUUGGUUUGUGUAGCUAAGGCUAUACUCUCUCUGUCCUGCUUUAUAUAUACUGGACUUGCAUUUCAAUAACUUAAUUGAUUAUGAAUUUCUGUUUGUGCAGUUUCCAUCAUUCAUCCAUUCUCAGAAGAGAAACCCCCAGACUCAUCUGAAGGAUCCAGACAUGGUCUGGGAUUACUGGUCACUGCUUCCUCAAUGUCUCCACCAGGUUUGUUCACUGUGUCUGAUAUCCUGUAGCCCAGAGUUGUGUUAUUCGGGGGAAAGGAGAAGUUGCAUGCAUUUUAUUACACUUAAAUUUUUUUUUUUUUAAAUUAUUUUAAAUGAAACCCUUGUGCAUUUGGGUGGAGGGUGAUAACAAGUACACUCCUUUCACUUUGAUGGUGCUGGCUGAUUUUACUAGUAGAGGACUAGUAUCGCUAUCCAAAUAACAAUAAUACGAGAGGUCCCCCAGCUCUUUGGGUACAAAGGAAUCUAUCCAUAUGGCCAAAUUGUCAGGGCUUGACAUAUUUGCUUGGAAUCUAGUAGCCAGCUAAAAAAAAGUUGGGAGCGAAGUUUUUCAACAUCAAAAAAAUUCAAUUCUUAAAGGGACACUAUAGUCACCAGCACCACAUCUUAAUGUAGUGGUUCUAGUGUCUAGCCAGUCCUAGCAUGCUUUGUUUCAAUGUAAACAAUGUAAGGCAGUGUUUGUAUUGCUGCCUAGUAACACCUCCAGUGGCAAUCACUCAGAUGGCCUCUAGACAUACGUCCUGGGUUCGUGCUGCACAGUGUGACCAUCUCUAUGUAGAAUAUCUCCACGCUCUGCAUAGAAACGAUUAAUACUCCCCAUAGAGAUGCACUGAUUCAAUGCAUCUCUACGAGGAGAUGUUGAUUGGCACAGUGAGGUUUUACUACACAUGCGCAAUAGCUUCCCAUUUCAUUCCUAUGGGAAAGCAUUGGGUGGGCAAAAUUAUAUCAUUAAGAUUGAUAUCAGCCAUAGACUGGGUCAGCUGUGUCAAAACCUGCAAAGCGUGGUUGGAAAAAGGCGAGUAAAAUGACCCCACUCCCAAAAGUAACCUUAUAUAAUACUAAAAGUAGUGUGCACACUUAAGUAAUAUCUUAAAUCUACACUAGAGGGCACUAAAUACCAGGCAUGCAGAAAUAAUUACCAAUCCUGCGGCUAUAAAUACAUCCUCUGACAGAGAAGAGACAAGGAAACCUAAAAGAGAAUCCAGUUAAAACAAACCAUUUAUUCCAGUACCAUCAAACAUACACAAUACCAUAAGCUAAAAUCUAGAGAAUUAAAUGCAUGAAAAAAAUCACUUAAUGUGUUCCACUAGGAAAUCAGAGUUUAGGACCACCACUCCUGCUUUAACCAAACUGCAGUAAAAGCUCCACUAGUCACAACUCCUGGUGGCUGGUUUACCUUGGCAUACAGAGUCAAAAGUGGUUCUAGUAGUCACAAAUCCUGUGCAGAGUGUUCACCUUCACCCAACGCGUUUCAUCCUGUCUCAAUUGGAACUUCCUCAGGAGAGAAUUCGGCACUGGUUUGACGCACACUCACUGACUAACGUUCACUAGUAGACACACGCCCACGUGGAUUUUACUCCCUGGCAGACCUACACACUCUGAUUUGACACUCUCACUGACAUACACAUUCAGUAACAGACACGCGCACACACAUUUUCUCACACAAUCCUAAAUUGUGAUUUUUAUUUUUUAUUUUUAAUGUCCACCCAGCCUCCCUACCUUUUGGGUGAGCUGGGGUCUAGUGGGACUGCUGUCAUCUCCCUGCUUUGCUCCCUCACACCCUGUUUAGUAAUUCCAGGGCAACGCGCUAUUCUGGCUCUCAGCAUUACUGGAGCAGGGCUUGAAGGUUACAGCGCUCUCGCCACCUCCACUCUCCCUGAGUCAGCCACCCUCCUAUGGUCUCCCUGAUCAGGCUGGCAACAUACAUCCGCUCUGUCAGCUACCUGCCUGCCUCCACUCUGUCAGCUGACCACCUCAGGGGCUGAACUGGCUGACAGGUACACUGAUAUUGGUGGAUACUAAUCUAAUAUUAAAAAUUAAAGUAGGUUUAGGUAUCUAUGAAUGCAUGAAAGUGGUUAUCACUGUUUUUGUUAAAAAAAUUUUUUACAUCAUGGACACAAUACUUUUAAUAAUCAGGUUUAUUCACUAAACCUGGUAUUACAGGGAAUUGACCCUGGAUUUUUUGAAAUGUAUUUAUAUAUUUAAAAAAAAUAAAUGUCUUUAUGCCUAAAGAAGAGUUGGAAGAAGUAUCCAACGUAAAGGGACAUUCUGAGAACAAAAACAACUAGAUUUGAAUGUAGUGGUUUUGGUGCAUGGGCAAUGCCCUUUCGUGUAAAAAAUAAACAUUUAGCUACAUCACGUACACCAUGAUAACACGGAAUGUGGCUGAUGAUUCUAAAUGACAUUGGAUUACUGGAUCACAGGAAAUCACACCCAUGUCACAUGUCCUCAGUGCCUCUGAGAAGCAUCUUCUUGGACCCAGCUCAUCAUGAUUGCUCUCACAGAAUGUCCAUCGAUUUGUGGGUAGUGGUUUUUAUUCAGUUUUAAACAAAGGGUGUAGAAUCUAAUGUAAACCUUUUUAUACUUGUGUUUUUUUUUGUUUUUAUAUCAACCUAGUAGUGUGUAACUUAAUUGACUUUGGAAAUAGAAUACGCAAUCUCAUGGUAUUGCUAUAGUCUCCCACGCCUCCAUAUAAUGGAUAUGUUGCUUACUAGCUGUCCAUCCAUGUUUGAAUUGUUCCUAUUUUUAGCCUCAAUAACUGUAAUUUGUACUUUAUUUUCAAAGUUGGUUUUAUUGUGAAGAAAGACAUUCAAAACAACUUUUUUUUUUUUUUUUUUUUUUUUCUCUACCCCCCCAUUCCAACCCCAUAGAUUUCAUUCCUGUUUUCAGACCGUGGCAUUCCAGAUGGCUUCCGCCACAUGAACGGCUAUGGGUCACACACCUUCAAGCUUGUGAAUGCCAAAGGUGAAGCAGUAUACUGCAAAUUUCAUUAUAAGGUAACUAGAUUUCCAUUUCAUGAUUAAAGAUUAUAUAAACCUCUGCAACUGCCAGAACUCCACCAAACCAGACCUGAUACUUUUUUGUACUCUGUGCUUGUGCAAUAAGCUACCUAGUAGGAUAGCAGGUCAGUAUGUGAUACAAUAUAAGAAUUGGCCCCUAACACGCAUACAGCCUUAUAAAGACCUAUAGUUGGAAUACAAAAUGUUGCGCAACUUAUUGAUUUUUUUUAUUUUAUUUUUUUUCCUUAAUUACAUUUUUAAAAUACUUGUAUUUAAAACUUUCUCAGUGUAGUAUUCUAGACCUCACCUUUAACGAUAAGUAACUGAGCUAAAGUGUUCUUGGUUCUUCUAGUAUGCCUUUAAUUUACAAUGUAGCUUUGUACAAAAUUUUCGAAAGAAAAAUUUGUAUUUCAUGAAAAAGUUCAAUCACGUUAUAGGUGGAAAAAUGACCGUUACCCUUUUAAAUCUUUCAUCUAAACGUGCAUUGGUUUGUGCUGCUGGUUAUGCUAAAUAUAUAAUGGAAAGUUAAACCUACAAUCUACCACUAGAGUGCAGCAAUGUUUUAUUGGUAAUUUUGUGUCCUAUGCGCAUUGUCAUUACAGACUGACCAGGGUAUUCGCAACCUUACCGUGGAGGAUGCACAGCGCUUGGCUUCUGAAGACCCGGACUAUGCAAUCCAUGACUUGUAUGAAGCCAUCGCCAAUGGGAACUUCCCAUCUUGGACAUUCUACAUCCAGGUCAUGACCUUCCAGGAAGCAGAGAAAUUCAAAUUCAACCCAUUUGACUUGACCAAAGUUAGUGGUAUUUAUUAUUUGCAAUUAGCUCUGUUCUAGCAACAUUAGUCUGUUUGGAAGACUUUUUUUAUAUAUUUACUAACCUCUGGAAUUGGCAAACUUAAAAUCUGGAAAGAAUGAGGCCAAAUUGACAACCUGUGACAAUAGUUGAAUGGUAGAAUUCUUCCAGAUAGGCUAUUUUGGUCUUUUUUUGCUUGCGAUUUUGUUUCCAACUGUCUAAAAAUCAGGUUGUAGAACUUGGCACUUAUUUAAUUGGGGAACUUGAGUAACUCCAAUAGUAACACAAUUCAACACUGUAAAGUCCACUUUAAAUUUUUUUAUUUUUUUUUUACAACUAGAUCUGGCCUCAUGGGGAUUAUCCACUCAUCCCUGUGGGUAAGCUGGUGCUGAACAGGAACCCAACAAACUACUUUACAGACGUGGAGCAGCUGGCCUUUGACCCAAGUAACAUGCCCCCUGGAAUUGAGCCAAGCCCCGAUAAAAUGCUUCAGGUAGGAACCUCUAGAACACAAGAUUGACUAUGGAGAACAGUCCAGAAAGCAUUAAUGUACAAUGUUGUGUAAACAGAAGCUUUCCCACAUUCAGUAAAAUAAGAUUGCUAGACUAAUGGAUUAUUUUGUCCGGUUUACUUUAUAAUCCAAGUUAAAUACUUUGGUAGAUUUUAUCUACUAUAUCCUUUUACAUAUUUCAUUUAUUCUUAUUUUUGCUAUUUUUAAUCUUGAUCUAGGGUCGUCUCAUCUCCUACCCGGACACACACAGACACCGCCUGGGUGCAAACUACCUGCAGCUACCUGUGAACUGCCCAUACAGGGCUCGCGUGGCCAAUUACCAACGGGAUGGGCCCAUGUGCUUUUCUGAUAACCAGGGUAAGCUGCAAAGAUAUUUCCAAUACUGGUAUCGGUAAUAUGUCAGUCUAUUAGUGUAAAGUUGGAAAAAUUAAACUACAUGGUUUCAAGUGAAGACUUAAAUUCACAUCCCCUGUUUUCUUGCAAUAUAUGGUGAUUCUUGUACGCAGUGAAUAAUGCCUGACUACUUGUGCCAAUCCAUUCUGUAAUAAUGGGUUGUCAUGUCUCUGCAGUUUUGCUUGCAUUAAAUCCUUAACCCUAUGAAAAACUAAAUAUAGUAUCUUAUCCAGGAAGAGUAUUUUAGCAUUUUGAAGUAAAUCUAAUCUUCUAGAUCACUGGAUCCCAACUUUUUUCACUAGGGUACCCCUUUUUAUAACUUGCACCCCUCAUAUUGGCAAAUGCUAUUUCAUAUAGUUGCUGUUAUUUUAGAUUUAUGUAUUUAUUUAUUCAUUUUCUUCCUCUGCCCCAGUGUUUGAUUGCAAGGGAGUGUUGGCAUGUGGUUUUUGUGUUUGCAUGCUGGAAUGUAUGCACAUAUACACAUAAACUUUGGCAUACAUACUUGCACAGGUAUAUGUACACUGACAUACACAACAAUAAAUACACUGACACACAUAGAUAUACACACAAACAACAAAUAUGCACACUCACAUAGACAAACACGUUUAACCAUUAUUAUAUUUUUACCCAUAUUCCUUUUAACAUACAUUUAAAAAUAAAUAAACCAUAAAUUGUUUUCUGUGCAGGAGUGUGGCUUCCUUAAGGUUUUGGUGUUGGUAGAGUUUGAUAUGAGUGUGGGUUUGGAGCUGGCAGUUGCCUUACUUCUCCACUCCUGCCUGCUCUCUCCCUUCCACAUGGCUCUCACUAUAUCUGGGGGGGAAGUGACAGGCACUCGCUUUCUUCCAGAAUCCGUGAUAUUCCAGUAGUAGCGCUGUUAAAGGGGUACUGUGCCCAACCUCACCCCCGUUGAGAACUACCAUCGGAUGGCCCAUACCCUUAGGGCAGGGGACCCACAGCUUACCGGCACGGCGGCAGUUCCAUAGCUGGUUUUGCCAUUACGGCAUUCUUUCACCUACCUCCUGGAGUAACUGGCUCGUACCCCUGGAGGAACACAUACCACGGGUUUGGAACUGCUGUUCUAGAUGUUAAUACACAACUAAAUUGUAAUGAUUGUGUUGGUCUUGCCAUAGUGUGUAAUUCUGAAAUACUGGAGCUAUAGAUACUGAACUAUCUCACUAGCUUUUACCCAGCUGUAAGGUUACAUUAGGAGCAUGUUGAUGUACACUGUGACCUGCACGAUGGCCAAGCUUUCCUUAUUUGGUUCAGUUACUAAAACUUUUCUUACACAGGAAGUAGAGUGUAAAGUGGACUUUGUAGCAUUUCUCUGCUAGAAAUUGCAAUAGGGGAAAUCUAGUCCAUGCCUUCAUUCAAACCAUCAUCCUAGUUGUGUGUGGAUUCCCACCUUUCCCUCUUUGUCCAACUCAUGUUAGGCCCAUUGGAAAUAUUAACUAAUCUGAGACCUUGUAACCAUUCUUUACCAAAUACCUCAUUAUUUUAUGCAUUUCUGUAUCCAACGGGUCAUUGUUGUGGAAUGUUGGAAAAGUCAACCUAUAAUGAGCAUGUUUACAUGUUAUAUUAAAUUAGAUAAUCGUAACAUCCCCUGGAUGUUGGGCAAAAGUAACAUUCCCAGGACGUACUUGGAAACCGGAGUAAUCUGAAUGUGCCUUUCUUAGUUAAAUACGUUGUUGUUGUUAUAUUUUUGCCUUCUUUUGUAUCUUCAGGUGGUGCUCCAAACUAUUUCCCCAACAGUUUCUCUGCUCCUGAAAACCAGCCUUGCGUGAAGGAACACAAAUUUAAAGUGUCCUCUGAUGUAGCUCGUUACAACAGCACAGACGAAGAUAAUGUCUCCCAGGUAAUGGGUCACUCUCUCAGGGGACCUAAUAGUUAACGCAACAUGCCUUCUCUUGCCUCUAAAGAAACCUAGAGUGUCCAUGAAGACUACAAAUAUAAACAAAGUUAUUACGCAAAGCUGAAGUGUUUUUUACUUUUUAUUCCCUUUCAUCCCCUGCCCAUCACCAGUGCCUCUUCAGGCUUCCAUUCCCUGCUAAGAGACCAUGUAUGUGGUAUUUCAGUAAAUAAGGCCACCUCUAGUUCUCAAGACUUUUAGAAGUUUAUUCUUUAAAACGGGAAUUUAAGAAUUCACAGGGUGCAUAUGAGCUAGAAAAGCAGAGGGACCGUAGGCACCCAGACCACCCCAGCUAAUUGAAGGGGUCUGGGUGCUGUGUCCCUUUUGCACUUAGUUCCAGAGAAGAGUUUAUAUUGCAGCUCUAAGUCUGGCCCAAUAGAGGGCUUCCUGAAUCGAAACAGACCUCGGACGCUCUGCAUGAGGACUUCCAGCGUCAGAUUUUUUUCACUCCAUAUGAAAGCAUUGAUUAAUGCCCUUUAAAAAAAACAAAAAAACAAAACUUUCAGCUUACCUGUUUUUUGGUCUAAAAGUUGCAGUUGCUUUGUCAGUUCUUCAUAGUCUAUGAUUUAGUGUAUAAAAACCAACAGUUUGUCCAAAUUCUUCCUACUUUCACUUUACUUGUAGACUCAUCCACGUGGUAUUAGUCCUACCAUCUCCUGCAAAUAAAUGGUUUUGAGUCAUGUAUACCAGCUGCUCAAUAGUCCUUUACAGUUUAACACUGGGCAUGUAUGACCUUACAAUCUAUUGGGGUUAUUCAAAGUGAAUUUCAAAUUUAAGGUCAGAUUAGCUGAACUGGAAGAGUUCUCCCAGUCACCCAUGCUUUAAGCUUGGCUUCUUUGACCUUUAAAUUUAAAAUUCACUUUGAACUCCCUGCAAUUCUCAAAUUAGUGAGUAUCCACGUGUGAAAUGACUAUUCGUGCCAAUUUUAAUGCUUGCAACAUCUUUUAAAGGUGAGAGACUUCUACAGGAAAGUGCUUAGUGAAGAGGAACGCAAGCGUCUGUGUGAGAACAUCGCUGGACAUCUGAAGGACGCACAGAUCUUCAUCCAGAACAGAGCAGUGAGUAACAUGGCUCUCUGUUAUAGGUGUAUCAUGAACGAUCACCGUAUUCUCUAACUUUGAACGGUCUAACCUUUCUUCUCCUUCUCACAGGUGAAAACUUUCAUGGAUGUUGACCCUGACUAUGGCUCCCAGGUCAGGGCCCUUCUGGAUAAAUACAAUGCGGAGUGUCCAGCAAAGGUACAGUGUGUGUGUGUUUGAUAUAUUUAUUUCCGUUUGUGCUUCGGACAAUAAACCUUUAAAACCUGUUGCACUUUCAUAAUGUGAAAAUAUAGACCUUACUUGCUGCUUACAAGACUGGAUCAAUAUCCUGUCCAAGCUCUCAGACUCCUCAUUUCUACAAUCUCUCCCUUGAUGUCCUUCCUUUUUUCUCCAUUUUGAAAACUAGUGACUGUUAUAGAACAUCCACUUAGAACUCCCAGGUCAUUGUUGGGUUACAAUGGUGCACAGAAGUUUGUUUACUACUUUUCCCAGCCAGACCAAUUAAACUCUAGUGCACAAACUACAGCACUGUUAGUUGGCCAUUGCCCUCCUAGAUUAUGUUGUCCUAGCCAGUGAUGUAUUUUUGGCUAUGUGCUCCCACACUUUAUAUAUUUUUAACGCCCUCACAUGUACGUGUGUCUAAAACUAGCCAUUGAUUUAUGGAUGCAUGCUACACACACACACACACACACACACACAUAUAUAUAUAUAUAUAUAUAUAUAUAUAUAUAUAUAUAUAUAUAUAUAUAUAUAUAUAUAUAUAUAUAUAUAUAUAUAUACUUACACACACACACACACACACACACACAGACUCCAUCAUGUGAAGCUUACCUGUCGGAACACUGGGUGAGCAGAGGAGGCUGGAGCUAUAUCAGAUUGUCCUUGGUGUCUAUGAUAGAAGCAGUUGUAGAUAUAAAACAGCACUCGGUAUGUAGAUCAUUCCUUGGUGUCUAGUGGUGGGGAAGCAGGGUAGCUGUGUACUGUCUGUCAGACUCCUUCCUGCUCCCAACCCAGCAGGCUGCACGUAACAGGCAGAGGGUGUUGGAAUAUCUUUCCGCACCCACUGCUUGCAUUGGUGAAAUUUCAUUGGCGGCACCAGGCUUCUUGAAGAAGCAGACUUUCUUUAAAAAAAAAUUUAAAAUUUCGGUCAAGGUCGGAAUACCUUGCUGCUGCUCCUAACUCUUACAUGCGGCUCACAUCACCACAAACCAUAUUAUUUUAAUUGUCUUUUCAAGCAGUACUCAAUCCUCUUGCAAUUUAAUAAUGUUUUGUUGUUUUGCAGAAACCCGUGAAAACGUACUCCCAGUACUCUUCUUACCCCACUUCAAAAGACAAAUCCAACUUGUAACCUGUCUACGUCUAAAGAAUUAUCCGUCCACAGGCCCCUACCUGUCAUCUAAUUGUUUAGUGUAGCUCAGCUAAGACGCUAACGAUUGUACUACUUAUGAAAUACAAAUCUUGCCUUUGUUUCGAUUAAUGCUUUAACUCUCUCUUGGCUGCCGAUUGGAUGAGCAACUUAAAGAAUAACCUUCCAUCUUGAAACACAAGCAUUAAUGGUAACACUUGGUUUAAACUGUGACAUGUCAAUGAUUUGCAUGUUGAAAAUGUAUGGCUAGUUAUGUGAAAAAUCACAUUAUCUUUUUAGAAACUGAGAUUAAAUCGAAGGGGUUUAUGAAGCAGUGCAUUUAAAACAGAAUUGAGAACUUAUGCCAAAUUGCCUGAUUUGGAAAAACUUUUUAUCAGCUCUAGUUUGGCUAUCUUUCUUGCCUGAAUAUUGCAAUUUACUCAGGUUCAUUGUUUAAUGAAUAAACCCCCCAUAUAUACAUAAGUGAGUUUUUUUUUUUUUUGUAUUCAGCCUCUAUCUCAAGCCAAAUAUAUUAACUGAUACUCUUUGAUUUGCUUCCAUUUCUACCAAUAGUUUUUGAUAACUAAUAAAGAUGUUUUAAUUCCUAAAUAAUUACUAUGUGCCUUUAUGAAAGGAUUAAUAUAUUAAUGGCAAGCUAUGAUAUUGUAUAAUUACCAAUAUAAUGUGACAGGCACACAAUGCACUAGGUAAGAAAGGUUUCUUUAAUUUCUGCGGAUUGCGUGAAGAGUGGCUCCUGAUUUCUUAUUGUUACUCCUGAUUUUGGGUAGCUGGCUCUCUGCAAGUUGUUGCUGGACGCAGAUAAAGUUAAAUGCCUGUGAACAGAAGAUGUAACGUUAAAAAAUAAAAUAAAUCUUUCUGAUAAACCUGUCUAGUUCAUACUUAAUGUCUUAUUAAAAUGUAAAAUAAAUCUGAUAUGUAUAUAUGGCAGUUUAAAGAAAAUACGAAUUUUCAGGAUGAAAUCUAAGGUCAUCAGGUUUACACUUUUUUUUUUUUUUUUUUAAUUUUUUUUGGAAGCACAAUGUUAAGUACCUGCUCAAAAUAUGACAUAGGCAUUUAACAAGAAGUAUAAUCACAAGUAUAUGCUGAAAAGGUCAAGAUGUUGCGCGCUUUUUUUUGUGUGAUGUACAAGUAAGAUUAUACAUGCAGAAAAAACAAAUGUCGCUGAGUAGUCGAUUUAAACAAGAUAAAAACGUUUCUAACGAUAUGUUGCGCUUCACGGGCUGAGGGUAUAUGUCUAGCUUACGCAGUACGAUAGUAUAAAUGCUGAGACGCUAUGAAUACACUUUUGUUUAUCGUGUGUGAACGCCCCAGGACCCCCACCACAGGUGGUUAACUACCAGUACCCCAAUUGAUGUUUAAUGCGUUUCACAUGUAAUAAGGCUGAAGGUGCUACUAGAAAAUGUGACCACAUAGAGUCCAUGUUUAUGGAGGCAGAAGGCUGGAGAGUUCCUAUUUGGCAUAAUGUUUCUCAUCCAAUAUCCUCCAACUGUUAGGACCAUCUUGUUGCAAUUUAGCCGUCAAUCCCCGCAGUGCUGCAAUGAACGUGCUGAGGGACAGAUCCAGGAGAGGGAGCGUUGCUGUGCACCGGUUGCCUGCAGUGUUGCACCGAGCUUUUCGGGAACAUUAGUCGGGCUGGUGGCGAUGCGGUGAGUAUUUGUGUUCCCGUCGGCCUGGUUGCCCUCUGCAUGUAUUUAGGGCCCACCUGGGAUUUGCGGUAGUUGUGUAGCAGCUAGCAGUUUCCUCAGUGUGAGUUGGUGAGUGUGUGGCUGCCGCCAUUUUAGACGUGGCUUGCGGCCUGGGCUGUGGGUUGGCAGCUCUGUGGGGUCUCACGAUCUCCUCCGCGGUAGUGGCCACAGGGUGUGGGCCGGGAUCACCCCCGCCGGCCCAAAGGGGGGGAACGGGGCCUGGUACAUACAGUUAGGUGAGUCCAGCUUUAUACCACUGUUCAGGAUAGCGGGGCAGCGGCCGUCCGCCCCGCUCACCGCCCGAGUAGGCCUCAUCCAGUGAGAACAGUGUGUAUCUCCCCGAGGAACUAAAACAGUUGCUGCUAGCUUCUCCUCAGGACCGGAGCUCCCAUGGGUGUAAGUCUAUAACUUUUGGUCGUCAGGCGUGUUCAGGAGUUACUCUUUUAGGCUUAAAAAGUCAGUCGUUGGAGCGGUUUCGUGCGACCAUGCAGCAUGGCGGUCAGGCCCCGCCCCAGGUUUACACUUUUGAGGAACACUCCGACUACCAAAAUCUCUACAGGUACCAGAAAUGCUCAAUCUUGCCCCCUUUUGUAAUAAGUCAAAAUAUGUUUACAUUCUUGCCUUCUUACCUGGGUGAGUACUGCCUUGUGCCUCCACUAGGAAUGCUGGAGAACCAUAAGCUCCUAAGAUAUCAUUUUUGUUGGCUCUCCUGAGCGAAAUUUAAUACAUUUUAUUUUCUAAUGUUAAAUACAGAACUUUUGAUAGGUGGGAUAGCAGUAUGCGUGAUCUAGUGGCCCAACACAAUUUUAUUAGUGGUAUCUGGAAUUUUAUUUACACCAACUUAAUUUGGCGUGAUUAUGGUCAUAUUGUUUCCAUAUGACCUAUUUGGUCAUUCAUUACUAAAAAUGGAUCCAUCCAUUAUAACAUUCUGAUCAGAAUUAAGUUUGUAUAAAAUGUUUUUCCUUAUACAUGUUUUCUGUUAUUGACAUACCAUGUGUUGUGCAAUUGGUUCUACAUCUCAUCUCCCAUGUGCAUAUUAACAAACCGAUAGUUGAGUUGCCAAGUAUUGUGUAAACAGACUUUCUUCUCUUACUCUGGGCCACAUUGGAGUAAACUUCCUAUAUUGAGUUCUCUAUCCAGUAAAGAAAGAGGAAGAGCAACUAUUUCUGCAUUCGCUUUUUGAAACUCUUGAGUUCUGAGUUUGGAGGUCGGCUCAUCCUUCCCAUAAUACCAGUAGUGAGUGGGGGUUCAUUAUAGCCCAGUGUAGGGACUGUCUAAACAUUUUUGGCAUUUAUUCACUAAACAGUGAAUUGGAAAGUGCAAAGUGUAGGCAUUGCAGGCCAGGUUGCUUAGCGGUUUUGGUAGUUGGUGUUUAUUUUGUAAUUUGAUUUUCCAUUUGUCACUCUCUAUCUAGUGAACAAACCCAAUAUUAUUGGAGGUGGUGGGUUCACAGUAGGUUUUUAUUUGCUGCAAUCUCUUGCAGUUCAUAUUUAGAGUGAUCUGCUCUCUUGUGUUCUAAAUCCUUGUUAAAAGUAUGAGAACUGUCUCUGGUACUGGUCUGUGUCCUAUAACUCAUCAAUCACAUUCCCAAAUUCUAAUCUAUGCAUGCAUUGGAAGACAAAAUUCUCUUGUUUGGACAAAGAAAAUGCCGAUUCAUAUCUACAACACAAAACCCUAUUUAACCUCAAAAUAUAUAUAUAUAUAUAUAUAUUUAUUAACUUUUGUUUGUGGAUCAGCUAUUUGUUCAAAUUGUAACUGUCAUUCUGACUCUGCUAAACGGACAACUGGCACAUCACCAGGUCUUUCACAAUACAGGCACGAUAGAAGAAAAUACUUUCAAUGUGUUCAUUGGCUUGACAGAAAUUGGCAGGGUAACUGCAGAGCUAUAGCCCAAAAUAUUCAAAACCAAAGAGCUGAGUUCGAGUUAACGUUCUAAUGUGGCUGUAUUGGCCCAAAAUUCCAGUUCCUUGUAUUCUGUUAUAUUGAGUGAAAAACGUCUGUUGGCGCUAUAUAAAUGGCGAUAAUAUUAUGAAGAGCUCAAAAUGUCAGGUCAUACCCUACUAGUGACUACUAACAGUCGCUGCUGGAAGGUCCAUGGCACACUCCCUAGAUGUGAGUUUCUACUCUCCAGUUGUUAGUGGGCGAGUGGAGACUCUGAGACCUGGUGUUUAUGUAAACAAUCUUUCUAUGUAUCCACAGAAAAGAAUCCAGAUAACAAAGAAUAUAUUUAUUGACAGUGAGUGUUAAGAUCUAUAAAUGGAAACCAUUUAAGCAUAAUUGGGAAAGGAAGACCGAGACCUCCUGCGUUAUUCCUUUGAUAUUUCUAAUAACCACUUUCAAAAAUUAAAUACUAGGAUUCUUUUUCUUUUAUAUAUUUUUUUAAACCAACCACUGAGGAGACCUGCCUUGAUCAAAACAAGUUCAAGCAUGUAGUAUACUCUUAGGCAUACUGUCAUCUGAACUAAGAAAAUCCUCCAUAAUGGUAAAAAGGAGCGAAUACAAUAGAAAGCGAUGUGAAUAAAAAGCACCCAAAAAAAAAUGACAAUUUUACUUGUGGAUGGUUCAAUAUAUUUGAAAUUCUGUAUAGAUAUAUAGUGUGUGAAGGUUUUUGCUUGGGUAAAUGGUGUUUUAAAGCUAAAAUAAUUUGCCUAGGAAAAGCUUUUUACCCACCACACAUGCAAUUAUUAUAAUGUUAGUCAAUAUGUACUAUAAAUUAACACACACCCUUAAAUUAAUGUUCUGUCUCUUAAUUUUAUUUAUGUACUUUGCAAUCUGAUAUUCUGCCAAGCGUUUAUUAAAUCUGUAGCUCAGGAUUCUCAGUAUGUUUUACUGCAGCAGAAAUAACCAAUUUAGUGUUCUGAUAGAUUGCAAUUCCUAUGGUAUUAAGCCAUCCUCUACCAGUAUGGAGUAUAUUGGUAACCAUGUAUUCUUUAUUGCCAAGAGCCAUGCCAUUUCCUCAAUGCACUGCCAAGAUCUGCAGUUGUAAAAGUUUCUGAAAACAAUGUCUGACUUGCAAGAGGGUUAAAUAAGCAGUUUUUAUUAAUGCAAUAAGGAUCAUGCCUGCUCAUGACUCCUUGCAGUUCUGAGCAUUGCUGGGUACACAGGUGGGGCUAUGUAUGGCUGUAUGUGGAGAGGUGGUACUGGCAAGCUAUGACUAUUGAUGUAUGUUUCAGCCAACAGUCAACUGGAAGGGGAGCAAAGUGCUUUAUCCAAUGAGGUAGAGGUAGGUGUGUAUGUGUAGGAGGUGGGUGGGGAUUUAAAGAUUAAAAAAAAAAAAAAAAAUUGCUUGCAGUUCACAAGUAUUCAGAUACAGGAGUAAGCACUCAGUACUGCAGUACCUGCAACCAGAACUCACACUCACAAUGGACCAUUCCAAGGUAGCUAUCCUGCAGUGUACCUUCAUCUAAAGUCCUCAGUGGGGGUAGAUGAGUGCCUGGAUUAAUUAAUUGGAGUAGGAUGAGGUUUGGAGCUGGUUUAAUGGGGGUACAACAACUUGCUUUAGUAAUACGUGUUUGGCUGUGCCAGUGCUGAGACAGCUUGCCAUUUGCUAGAGGUGCAUGGGGUGCUUGUUACUAUGGUAAUGAUUAAUAAUGAUAAUUUUUUUUUUUUUGGGGGGGGGGAUGGAAUGAGAGAUAACACAAGCAGCUCGAUUUUGUGGGGUCAGUCCCCACUUUCCUGGUGUUAUGAAUACAAUGUAAGGUCUAUGAAUGUAUCACAAUACAACUCACAAGAAAUGUUUUUUUGUUUUUUUUUUAACUGAUAGAGGGUGUGUUUUCAAUAAUAUUCUAUUUUACAAAAAAUACCAUUUAAAGACAAACCCAAUCCCAUUACUAGCUGUCAAUAGGCCAUACCAUUGCCAUCCCCUAGGAAUGAGAGAUCUAGUGAAAGGGAUAUAGCUGUGUGUGCUGAGAGUGAACGUUCCAAGGUAAGAUAUAGAUAUAUAUAGCUCUGAGUUACCUUCAGUGGAAGGAAUGUGGCUGUGAGUGCUGGGAGAGAGGUCCAGGGAAGGACUGUGGCUGCGAGUGAUAGGAGUGAGAGUUCCAGGGGAAGCAACGAUCUGGAAAGAAAUAUAGGUGAGUGUGUUAAAAGUAGUGGUUUCAUGGAAAAGGAAUAUAAUUGGAGUACUGGGAGUAAAAGUUCCAAGUUAAGAGAGAUGGCUAUGAGUUACCAGGGUAAGUGUUUCAGUGGAAGGGAUAUAGCUGUCAGUUAAAGGAGUGAAUGUUCUAGUGGACGUGGUUUUGCUGUGAGUGCUAGGAGUGAUAGUUCCAAUGUGAGGGCUGGGCUGUAACCAGUGCCAGGUGAGAGUUCCAGGGAAGGAAUGUAGGCAGUGGAUACAUUGGGUUGAUUUGAUCCAGGCUGGUUUUAUGAACCUGGGUGUCUGUUUAUAUUCUGUUAUCACGAAGCUGCAGAGUAUUAAGAUGGAGGUGGUUACAGACUUUCUAUUUCCUGGAUGGCUCUAUGAGAACAUGCAAUAGAAUGCUAGGAGACCUGGGGAACAGACCAGCACUGUCUGUGUGCCAAGCUUGUAUGUGCCAGUUGGGGAAGGGAGGGGAAACACAGAAUGCCAGCUAUGGGAUCACCCUGGUUAAUUAGUUAGGGGGGGAUGUGCAUUUUCUUGCAGGGUGUGUUCCUAUCUUUUCCUUAUCCUAAAUGUAGUUUCUCAACUUUUUUGCACAUCUGCAGUUUCGCCAUAUCUGCCCACUUUGUUUUUUUGUUAAUAUUAUUUUCCUGUUGUUUCUCGAUUUUGUCAAUCUUGCCUUCCCUCCCGUUUCAAGAGGUGAAAAGGGCCAAAGGAGCUUACACUCUAUGAACCUCUCAGCACAUUAUAAUAGUAUAGUGCUACAUACACGUGUCUGAAAUUCUGCCAUUUCCCACCCUCCAAACCAUUGAUGCCUUUUGGUAAAAACUGAUUUCCUGCUCCAUGUACUUGUAUGAUGUGAGCACUUGCUCCCUCCUUUCUCUGUUCCAGUCAGCCUCCUCUGUGAGCAUGUACUCACCCUCAGCAGCCCUGGUCCCUGUUCUUAUCACAGCACACAGUUCCUGCAAGUGGAAUUUGCUAAUUCAUGCUGAUGAAGCAAGGAGUAUGGACAACAAUUGGCAUUGUUACAAGAUGGCUAUAAAGGCUACAGCCCCAGAAACAGGGGUCUUCAGACCUGCAUGUCUUCAUGUCACAGGAUAGCAGUGUUUGUUUGUUUUUAAUCAUUUUAUACUAAGUAGCAGCUAAUCUCAACAGCCCAGACUUCAUAAUGUCUGCCACAGUCUGGGUACCAGAGAUUUUGCAAAAACUGGAAAUAAAGGAGAUAUAAAAAGUAUAUUUUUAGAAACCAUUUUGUAGCAGCAUAGCCAUUACAAUAAGCUGUAAAGCAUGUGGUGCUCAGAGUAUCCCUUUAAGAGAUACAGGGAGUGAGUGUAGUAAUUCAUUCUGUUUCCUAUUGAUGUUGCUUCACUAAGAGUUUUGUAAGAAUAGAAGUUUCUUGUUAACCCCCGCCCGACCUGUUUAUACUAUGAAUAUAAAUACUCAAUAGACUUUCUGUAAAGGAUCUCUUUAUUAUGGCUGUCGGAUUCUCCGUCUUCAGCUUAUUAUGGGAUGUCAGAAAUAUUUAACAUAAUAAAAAUGUCUGUCUUGUGGAGCAGAGACACCUCAAUACAGCUCCUUCUAUUUAACAUGACGGUAAUAGUCCCCCUUUAACAGUUUGAUUUAAGAGGGGUAUUUACUGAACCAAAAAAAAUAUGUUUUAGACCAAAAUCGCCAAGAUGUAUUAAUAGAAUUGGAUAAUUUCUCUGAUUGAGAUAUUUUCACUUACAAUUUGCAAAGUUGCUUUGUCACUUCACCACAUUUCAUCGUAUGCUAAAUAAAUUCUAAAAGAGAAUUCCUUAUUCUCUUCAGGACAUAAACAAAUCUCAUGUGUAGCUCAAUGAAGUCCGCUGGGUUUGAAUUACAGAUAUUUUAUAACUCUAAUUUAUGGCACCAUAAGGAAACACUGUAGCUGUUAUGCAAUAAUAGAUUAUGAUGGAUUAGAACUGUUCUGACAAGUCAUGGCUGUGAGGAGCCAAUUUCAAUUAUACACAGGGCCCUAUUAUCCCAGGGCCUGGCCCUGCUCACUGUUCAAGUCACAAGCAGAUUCUCCCAGCAGAUAUUUUACUGUUACAUAUAGCUCAAUUUCAUAAAAACCCUGGAGGCAUUUUGCAUCAGUUUAAGACUCAGCUGGCUCCCUUUGUAUCAUUGAUGUAGAUUGCGUUCCCUUUGUAUCGUUGAUGUAGUUAGUGCUCCCUUUGUGUCAUUGAUGUAGUUAGUGCUCCCUUUGUAUCAUUGAUGUAGUUAGUGCUCCCUUUGUAUCUUUGAUGUAGUUAGUGCCCCAUUUGUAUCUUUGAUGUAGUUAGUGCUCCCUUUGUAUCGUUGAUGUAGUUAGUGCCCCCUUUGUAUCAUUGAUGUAGUUAGUGCUCCCAUUGUAUCAUUGAUGUAGUUAGUGCUCCCUUUGUAUCUUUGAUGUAGUUAGUGCCCCCUUUGUAUCAUUGAUGUAGUUAGUGCCCCCUUUGUAUCUUUGAUGUAGUUAGUGUUCCCUUUGUAUCAUUGAUGUAGUUAGUGCUCCCUUUGUAUCUUUGAUGUAGUUAGUGCUCCCUUUGUAUCGUUGAUGUAGUUAGUGCCCCCUUUGUAUCAUUGAUGUAGUUAGUGCCCCCUUUGUAUCAUUGAUGUAGUUAGUGCUCCCUUUUUAUCUUUGAUGUAGUUAGUGCUCCCUUUGUAUCUUUGAUGUAGUUAGUGCCCCCUUUGUAUCAUUGAUGUAGUUAGUGCCCCCUUUGUAUCUUUGAUGUAGUUAGUGCCCCCUUUGUAUCAUUGAUGUAGUUAGUGCUCCCUUUGUAUCGUUGAUGUAGUUAGUGCUCCCUUUGUAUCAUUGAUGUAGUUAGUGCUCCCUUUGUAUCUUUGGUGUAGUUAGUGCUCCCUUUGUAUCUUUGAUGUAGUUAGUGCUCCCUUUGUAUCAUUGAUGUAGUUAGUGCCCCCUUUGUAUCGUUGAGGUAGUUAGUGCCCCCUUUGUAUCAUUUAUGUAGUUAGUUCUCCCUUUGUAUCGUUGAGGUAGUUAGUGCCCCCUUUGUAUCUUUGAUGUAGUUAGUGCUCCCUUUGUAUCGUUGAUGUAGUUAGUGCUCCCUUUGUAUCUUUGAGGUAGUUAGUGCUCCCUUUGUAUCAUUGAUGUAGUUAGUGCCCCCUUUGUAUCAUUGAUGUAGUUAGUGCCCCCUUUGUAUCAUUGAUGUAGUUAGUGCCCCCUUUGUAUCGUUGAUGUAGUUAGUGCUCCCUUUGUAUCGUUGAUGUAGUUAGUGCUCCCUUUGUAUCGUUGAUGUAGUUAGUGCUCCCUUUGUAUCGUUGAUGUAGUUAGUGCUCCCUUUGUAUCUUUGAUGUAGUUAGUGCUCCCUUUGUAUCGUUGAUGUAGUUAGUGCUCCCUUUGUAUCGUUGAUGUAGUUAGUGCCCCCUUUGUAUCAUUGAUGUAGUUAGUGCUGCAAUCCCAUUGAUUCUUUGCUAGGUAUAACAUGGACCUAACCUGCCAUAGUGCAUGCAACUUUAGUUAAAGGGACACUAUAGUCACCAGAACAACUACAGCUUAAUGAAUUUGUUCUGGUGAGUAGAAUCAUUACUUUCAGGCUUUUUGCUGUAAACAGUCUUUUCAGAGAAAAUGCAGUGAUUACAUUACAGCCUAGUGAUAACUUCACUGGCCACUCCUCAGAUUGUUGUUAGAGAUCCUUCCUGGGUCAUGGCUGCCUAAAAUGCAUCCAAACAUUCAGUAUCUCCUCCCACUGCAUGCAGACACUGAACUUUCCUCAUAGAGAUUCAUUGAUUCAAUUCAUCUCUAUGAGGAGAUGCUGAUUGACCAGGGCUAUGUUUGAAUCAUGCUGGCUCUGCCCCUGAUCUGUCUCCUUGUGAAUCUCAGCCAAUCCUAUGGGGAAACAUUGUGAUUGGAUCAGGCUACAGCUUCUGAUGAUCUCAGCAAACUGCUUGUUUUUCUGAGUCUAACAACAUGCUGAGUUACAGCUUCAGGUUUGAAUACAGUAAGAUUUUGCUAUAUAUAUAUGGAGGCAUGAGUUGCCCAGGGGGGCUAGAUGGUGGUGUUAACACUAUAGGGUCAGGAAUACAUGUUUGUGUUCCGGACCCUAUAGUGAUUCUUUAAAAGGAAGGUCACAAAAUUUCAUCUAUAUAUUGUGCUUGCAGAACUAGUUGAAAAUAGUUGAAAAUAUGAAGAAUCUGCCAGCUACCCUCCUCUUGCCCCUCCCACCCCUAUCCUCAACAGCAAUUCUCUUGAUCAGAGGCGAUAAGAAUUAAAGGAACAUCCAAGGCCUUGUGCAAAGCGUGUGGAUGUCCAGCGUAGAUUAACUCCGUAAAACUGCAGGAAGUGCCUCUAGUGGCUGUCUGGUAGUCAUUGCAGGGGUGGGAGGGUGGAGGGGAGCAAUGCACCAAGAUCCCUUGAAUGAGAUGUGUAAUUUAGAUGCCAUUAAUGUCCUUUUAAAUCUUUCUAUUUAAAACAGUAAACAGUUGCUCAUAAGAUAAAAAUGACCUCACUUGAAUGAUUGACCCUCUGCGCUGUCUGUUCUCUGCAUUGGUUUAUUGUAGGUCCGUUACUCACUGUCCAAUAUUUGUUCCUGUUCAGGCACACAGCUGUAUGACCACAGGAGCUGGCAUUCCAAUUGGUGACAAGCUAAACAGUUUAACCGCUGGCCAACGAGGGCCACUGCUAAUGCAGGAUGUAGUGUUCACCGAUGAGAUGGCUCAUUUUGAUCGAGAGAGGAUUCCCGAGAGAGUAGUUCACGCUAAAGGAGCUGGUGAGUAUUUUAAGCAUUGUUCCAUUAGUGUACCUCCCAAGUGUCCUUACUCAGGGGAGACAGUCCCUAAUUUGUGUUUAAUCCGUCUGUCUCUAUUUUCUUUUAUAAUAUAUCUCUAUGUCAAACCUCGGAUGGGAGUAUUUAACAGCUUCAUAGUGAUACAACCCGUAACAAUGUGUCUUUAAAGUACAACAAGUAGCUUGAUAAAGACCUCAUUGAAGGUCAAAACUUUGCUGUUUAUUUUCUGAUUCUCCAAAUAAAUCUGCUACUGUUUGUACCUUGAAUGCCUAGAUCACAUUGUUUUUUACGUUUACGUGUGGGUUCGCGAGCCCUCGGGUCCUGCUGUGCACCUUGGUUCAUAUAUAUCAGAUGAGUGCGGAUUCCUUCCUUCCUGAUUACAAUUUAAAGUAGCACAUUGAAUUAAAUUAAAUGUACCAAAGUAAAUUACAUUAAAAAUAUUUUUGUUUAGAAAUGAUUUAUUUAUUAUUACAUGGACUGACUAGUAACAUCCUAAUGGCCGGUGUUGGCGGUAUACCUCUAACAACAAAGGGGAUAAACUCUAUAUAGAGGAACUUUGUGACAUAAUCUCUCUCUGAUAAUUUAAAUAAAAUUUAUCACUGCAAUGACUGGUGUCAAGGGAGCAAUCAACAUUACUGAGGGGAUCAUGAUUCUUCAGGACACUAAAUAAACUGCUCCGCUGAUUGCUAUAUAUUGUGAUCUGUGCACUAACGUCUAAAUAUUGGAAGACUGUGCCACUGAUUACUGCAAUCUGUGCCCCUAAUUCCAUAAUACCGGUAUUCCAUAAAAAAUAACUUAAGUCCCAAAUAAACAGCGAGGAGCUUUUAAAGCAGGUACUUUACACGAUCAAUAUUGUAGAUGAAAAUUAUCCCAAAUACAGUCAUGGGAAAAAGUAAGUACACCCUCUUUAAAUUCUAUAGUUUUCCAUAUCGGGACAUAAUAACAAUCAUCUGUUCCUUAGCAGGUGUUAAAAUCUGGUAAAUAAAACCUCAGGUCAACAACACAUAGCAUAUUACACAGCGUCAUCAUUUAUUUAACAAAAAUAAAGUAGGACAGGUCAGAAAGCAGAAAGCAUGCCAAGCUGCUAAUGAGAAAUGUGUAUGCAAAAGCCUUGUAUCAUUAGGGGACUGUUAAGCUGUGUUCUGAUUGGCUGCCAUCUGAAGACAAGAGAUACAUUCUGGAUGGGCUACUCAAUCUUUUCUAUGGAACGUUACUGUGUGAGCGCCCCCUAGUGGAAGACAAUGAUCAUGAUCCUACCUAAACUUUGUAUUACCAGCAAUGAAUGUAUCUUUUGUUGCAGUUAUGAUAAUUGGGUAGGCAUAGAAACUGGGGGGAAUCUAAAUGGAUAUUAGGUGGAAUUAUUUACAAGGUAUGUACUAAAGCGAGAAUUCAAGGUGAAUUAAAAAUUCAUCAUAGAUUUAUCUAUCUAAAUAAUGCUCUGAAUUCUCAGUUUAGUGAAUAAUCUUGUUAGAAGUAAACCUGAAUAAAAAUGGGAUGACCGCAAGUGACAGAUCUCAUAACUUCUGCUCACAACCCAAGUAGCGCUGUGAUAUCUAAUUUAUUACAUUAUUUCGGCUUUCUGUUUCAGGGGCAUUCGGAUACUUUGAAGUCACUCAUGAUGUCACGAAAUACACGAAGGCAAAGGUGUUCGAUACAAUCGGGAAGAAAACAGACAUCGCUAUUCGAUUCUCCACCGUAGGUGAGGAUAGAGCAACUAUCAGGACUUUAUGAAACAUCAAACUAAAUAAAUCAUUCUGAUUUCUCACUUGCUUGGACAGAGCUGCCUUAGUUGUUCACUUGGAAAUAUAUGGAAGGAACACUGAGCUCUAAUUCUAAAUCCAUAUAGUUACUCACAAGUUUAAAAGGGCACAUUAGGUGGAAUAACCUCUGCAGCCGCGAGUGCCAUGGCACUGUACCCCAGUUUAAUAUUAAACCGUUUAGAAAUAGUUCGAUUCUUCUCAGCCCCCAGAGACCACUUCCAUGUCUGCCACAGAAAGGAGAACAGAAUUAACAAUACUGCAUUAUCAAUGUCCUGUUUUGUCCAACCUGGGCUACAUUGACUGGCUGAGUGUGCUGGGGUGGGUUUGUUAGGCCAGCACUCUCAGCCAGUCAAUGUUGUGCAGCUUAGGGCCAGUCCCAUGGAUUCUGGAAGAGCCCUGUUUUAUAUUAAAUUGUAUCUAGAUGUUUUAUAUUAAACCGGAACGGCACCAUGGGAAAUGAGCUGCAACAAUUAUGGUCCUCACAGUGCCUCUUUAAAAGGUUACUCUACCACCAUGACCACUUCACUGUUUUAAGUAAUCAUGGUACUCUGUAUGCGGAGUGCUUCAGUAUGAAUGGCACACUGCGCAGGUGUAUUAAAAAUAUAAAGUAUUUGUUUGUUUGCCAAAUACAUUUUUAUUUACUAAUUAUCAAAGUGGUACAAUUACAGAAACAUAGAAACAUAGAAUGUGACGGCAGAUAAGAACCGUUUGGCCCAUCUAGUCUGCCCAAUUUUCUAAGUACUUUCAUUAGUCCCUGGCCUUAUCUUAAGUCUAGGAUAGCCUUAUGCCUAUCCCACGCUUAAACUCCCUUACUGUGUUAAUCCCUACCACUUUUGCUGGAAGGCAAUUCCAUGCAUCCACUACCCUCUCAGUAAAGUAAUACUUCCUGAUAUUAUUUUUAAACCUUUGCCCCUCUAAUUUAAGACUAUGUCCUCUUGUUGUGGUAGUGUUUCUUCUUUUAAAUAUAGUCUCCUCCUUUACUGUGUUGAUUCCCUUUAUAUAUUUAAAUGUUUCUAUCAUAUCCCCCCUGUCUCGUCUUUCCUCCAAGCUAUACAUGUUAAGAUCCUUUAACCUUUCCUGGUAAGUUUUAUCCCGCAAUCCAUGAACCAGUUUAGUAGCCCUUCUCUGAACCCUCUCUAAGGUAUCAAUAUCCUUCUGAAGAUACGGUCUCCAGUACUGUGUACAAUACUCCAAGUGAGGUCUCACCAGUGUUCUGUACAAUGGCAUGAGCACUUCCCUCUUUCUACUGCCAAUACUAUACAACCAAAGUUCUGCCAGCAUUAAAUUCCGAAACUUGGUUAAAUUUUUAGAAAAAUUAGAUGGUGCGUUCAUUAUUGCAAUUUUUUUUUUCACAGAUUGUUUUAUUUUAUUCUUUUAUAUACCUCUCCUUAGCUUCACAUUACUAUUCUAAGUCUAAGUAACAUUUUUUCUCAAUGUCCAUCUGUUUGCAGCUGGGGAAGCAGGUUCAGCUGAUACUGUCCGUGAUCCGAGGGGUUUCGCAGUGAAAUUUUACACAGAAGAAGGAAUCUGGGAUUUAGCUGGGAACAACACACCUAUAUUUUUCAUCAGAGACGCCAUUUUGGUCAGUCUGAUAGCUUUGAGUAUAACAUCGUAGUAACUUAAAAUGCAGAAUAAAUACUCUGACAUUUUAGUCCGAAUUAUUCUGACUUUAUUUCCCAGGAUUUAUUCUCCUUCCUUAUUUGUGAUUAAUCCACAUGGGACAAGCAGUAAUUGCUUAUUUGCAUAUUUUGCAAUGCAUUCUGGGAGUCCAGCAGAACUGCACUCAUUCAAAGCUGCUGAGAUGAUGGAAAAUGUUGUAUUUGCAGGGUAGGGUGGCAGGAAUGUCCACCCCUAGUUGUUGUGUAAAGGGACACUCCACUGCCAAAUAUAAAAAAAAUUAAAAUCAGUAUUUAGUAGUAAUACCCUCAAUAAAAACAUGUAUGCAUUUAAUUAUGCAUUGUGUCAUUGGGGUAUAUCGAAAAACAGAACAGCAAAAACGGGUAGUUCUCUUGUCUGCUGCCUUUGCAAGCCCUCCCCUUAUAACCCCACCCAGACUUUCUGUGGCUGUCCAAUCACAGACUUCCUAAUGCAGCUCAAUGAGAAGUCUUUGCAAGGCCCUGGGCCUCGAGUUUAGUUGUCUGAGCUAAACAAACUAGGAAGUAACAGGACUGGUUGUCUGACAGCCAGGGUGUGACAAGGUUUGUUUGUAAAAAUGUCAAUUUCUAUUUAAGUAUGCACUUUUUAUAAAAUUACAAAAUAGGACAUACUCUUCACAAAUUAAGUUUUUCAGCAUGCUGAAUUGCUUUACGGAUCUGGAGUAUCCCUUCCUUUCAGAUAAGUAAAAGAAUCCUGGUUGUAGAUAUUGCUGCAGUUAAAGGCUAAAGAUCUAAUUUUUUUCCCCCACCCCUAUUUUAGUGAACUGUUUUCUAGACUUGAACUUUCAGUUCAGUCUGCAUUGAAAUUCGUGCAAAUCUCGCUGAUGUCAUGUCCUUUUGAAUUUUCGCAUUUUGAAUUGAACUCCACCCAAAUUCAGAAUCAACCAAAUAGUGCGUUAGCGUGGCUGUUUCAGUUGACUCUCAAUUCAGAAUGGGUUCUGCUUUGGCAAAAAUCCAAAACGGAUCAGUUUGGAAGAACUGAAAAUAUUCACCUUGCACAAGUCUGCUGUAUACCCACUCACAUAAUUUUGCUACUAGGAAUAUUUUGCCUUGCAUGUGAAAUAAUAUAUGUUAGCUUCAAAGCAUUUACAUGGUUUAUACCUUUUUAAAAAAUAUAUCUUUUCUGUGCAGUUUCCAUCCUUCAUCCACAGUCAGAAGAGGAACCCUCAGACUAACCUGAAGGAUCCGGAUAUGGUGUGGGACUUCUGGAGCUUACGUCCUGAGUCUUUGCACCAGGUGAGUAGAAUGUAGAAAUAUAAACUGACUCAACCACUGAGUUCACUUAUCUCAGCUAUGUAGACAAUCACCCAUUUUUUUUUUAAUUCUUUAUUUUUGGAGUGCAUGAAAAUAUAACAAGUGGGCUCGUCAUGCCCCAAUCGUUUUGACAAGCAUGCAAACAGAUAGUUAACAGUUGGUCGGCAAGUGGAAUAUUCUGCACAAUUUUUAUAUAGAGUGAUAUUUGAUUAAACUACACUGCUGAAGUAUACAUAGGUUGGAAGGUUAAAUAUAACUGUUGCUUUAGAUUAGUUAAUGAGUACUAGAAAGUAUGAUUCAAUACAUGUUGAUCUAAUCAAUAAACAUAUUUAAGCAUAGCAUUUGUCUGAGUAUACUGAAGGUUAAGUAGAUUAGGUCAGCAGGGGAAUCGAUGGCUAGGUUGAGUGGUUGUUAUACUCUAAGGUUGGCGUGGCCAGAGUCCAGCUUCAACCUAUUCCCCGGCUUGGGAGGGAGCGCAGGCUGUCCAUGAGUAGUGCCGAGUAUGGGUCGGGCACGCAGGUCUCCCAGUUCUGGGUCGUAGUGAUGACCGACAUCGUGAGGCUGCAUACUCGGGCCCUCUGUCUCGAGGCUAGGUAUCUGUGAGGUGCGUGACAGCUGGAACUCUUACUGCCCAGCCUCUGCGGUAGCUGUUGGGCAGGUAUCUUGGGGGCUGUGGCCUUGCCUGGAGUGGAGCGUCUCUUCCCCCUGUUCACGGCUCGAUAUUUGCGUUCCGCUCAUCGGUAUAAUGGUGCUUUCCCCUGUUCACAUGGGGACGGCUCGGCUUGCUUGUUUUCGGUGUGGUGUGCUGGGCCGCCGGUUGUGCGUGCAGCCUUUCGUUCAGGUCGUGCCAGAAUCGGUUAAAUGCAGCUUCCACACUCUGCAUAAUGUCGCUGUGAGUCUCCCUUGCAGGUACACUGUUUGGUUCACUGGAUGCAGUUGCCGCCAUUUUGGGUGCACCAUGUGCUUGGCUGCCCUUGUGCUGCGGUGUGUUGUGUUGUGGUAUCAGCCAGCGACUGCCCUUCAUGUCGCUUGGUGCAGACCGAGAUGACCCCCGUCGGUCCAGGGGUAGGAGAUAUCAGCCUCGAGGGACCAGUGUCCAGGUCAGUCAGCCCGGGGAGCGGCCUUCUCCCCGAUGCUUGAUCUCCGGCCGGCCCCGGGGCAUGUUGUCGGGUCCCCGGGGUCCCCGGGCUUGUUUCUGGUGUCGGGUGAGUCCCCCGGUAGUCCCCGUCAUGAUGACUUCCGUCUAGUGGGCGAUUGUGCCGUUUUUGUUGGGGAUUUACCCCUAGAAUGUGUAGAUUAGAGCGGGAGCUGAGGUUCAGCACAACCGCUCAGUCUGGAUGCCAGGCUCCGCCCCUGACAAUCACCCAUUUUACAUAAACCUUGAAUUUAGAUUUAAUUUACAAGAUGAUUCCUCAUACAAAAUUUGCUAAAUAUGCAAAAAAAAAUUGAUAUUGUUUCAGAGAGAAAUAUUUCUGAUACAUGUCCCUUUUAUGAAGUUCUUUUGACAAUGUGCUAAACUACAGCCAAAUGGGGUUUGUUUGUCCAAAUUGGGUGUUUGAACAGUAAGCUUGCUAAGUGGAACCCUUUGGACUAUUCAAAAAUCUCAAUUUGCUUUUUUAAUCCAUAUUCAGACUUCAGUUCAGCUGCCAUUUCGUCAGCUGUUAAAAUCAGCUAAAUCUCUACAUGCUUAAUAAGUUAGCUAUUUACAAACAGCUGACACUCUCAGUCUGUCACUGGCCAAUCGAAUGAGCGUAUGUACUGUACCGUACUGUAUUCACAAUCAGUAGCUUCUAUAAGGAUGAGUGUGACCUAGCGCUGUCUGACAAUCCUGUGUGUCUUAAUUCUUCCCAUGCAAACAAAGUCAUUUGUCCAUGAUGCCAUAGGAAUUCUCCAGCACACUUUGAUUGGAAAGUGCCACAUGAGUGCAUCUGCUCAGGCAUUAUCUUCCAUAGUGACGUACCCACCUGCAUGUACUGUCAUGGCACUUGCACACAUCGGACUGUGCUUAUUACAGAAAAUUACAAUGUAUGCUAUGGAGGUCCAAGAAAGCCUUUCAUGCUACAUAAAAAAAAUGUAAAGCACUUGUUAUUUUUAGAAUCCACAGCUAGCUUUUAUUUAGCUGUGUGAAUGUGCAAAUAUUAGAGAAGUGACAGUGUCACUUUAAUACUGAGAUAGAACACCCCUCUUUCGUUCAUACUUUAGCCACUAUAGUUGGUGUGCUUGAGGCUAAUGGGUGUAUAUGAGGACAAAUACAGUAUCUGCAUCCAUUCACGCUGUUACCAGUGAUAGUCCCCCGCCUCGGCUUUAAAAUCAUCCCAUGACUUUUAUCAGACGUUAAUGACUCACGAUUAAAAGUCUGUUUAUUUUUCUGUUGAAGAAAGCUGCAAAGUCUAGUAACCUCCAUAGUAACCCAUCAUUCACAGACCUCCUUCACAGACACUCCUAGGCGUUUAUCCACUCAUUUCGUAGAGAAUAGUAGAGAAUUGGCAGUGGAAAUUAUCAUUUAUGUCCAUAGGAGGUAAUUAGAAAAUUAAACCCAGUGCCUCAAUGCAGUGCUCCAACGUCCGUUGGAAGUUACCUGUCUUCUUAUGGUCCGGUUACUGAGGGAUUUCGGAUUUCAAAUAUACGAUUGUUGGUAAGCUUCACAUCUAAUAUUUAUGCUGAUUGAAAGCAAUGUGUGUUUUGUCGUUAUUUAGGUCACUCUCUUGUUCAGCGACCGUGGCAUUCCUGAUGGUCACAGACAUAUGAAUGGCUAUGGAUCUCACACCUUCAAGCUGGUCAAUGCAGAAGGGGACGCAGUGUACUGCAAGUUUCAUUUCAAGGUGUGUGGGACUGGGACAUUCAUAGGAGACAUGUGCAACAAUUUGGUUUGUCCAUUAAACAAGACAAUUUACCAAAAUUAAAAUCCUUGUAAAUAACACCUGAACAAAUCAAUUCACCUUUAUUUUCCAGAAGAAUCUAUUCGUUCAGGUGUGGGUUAAAAGAAUUUUGGUUCGAACUAAUCGAAUCAUUCAUGGACGAGCCAAAUGUUUGCCUAUGUCUAAUCCUUUGGUAACAGACAUGAGAAGGCAUUUAUCGAAUGGACUUUGACCAUAUCCUAAUCAUAAUCCCCAACUCUAACCCUAACCCUAACCCAAACCUCUAGAGUAUUAAAGGACCACUAUAGUGCCAGGAAAACAUACCUCUUUCUCCAGCGCCGGGCGGGGGCUCUCCUCCUCCUCCUCUCCUCCCUCUUCUUCCGUCAUCGGCUGAAUGUGCAUGCGCGGCAAGAGCCGUGCGUGCAUUCGGCCAGUCCAUAGGAAAGCAUUUUCAAUGCUUUCCUAUGGACGCAAGCAUCUUCUCACUGUGAAAAUCGCAGUGAGAAGCGCGGAAGCCCUCUAGCGGCUGUCAAUGAGACAGCCACUAGAGGCUGGAUUAACCCAUAGGUAAACAUAGCAGUUUCUCUAUGUUUACAGAAAAAAUGGUUAAUCCUAUCUGGAUCUGGCACCCAGACCACUUCAUUAAGCUGAAGUGGUCUUGGUGCCUAUAGUGAUCCUUUAAGUAAAGUAGUUUUAAAUGUUAUACAGUAAUUGAUUGUUUUGAAUUAUUUACUAAAAUAUAUUUAUUUUAUCUUUUUCCUUGAAAUCUUUGUUGUCAUUCUAACUUGUUCUCCCAUGUUCUAGAACCUUGUGAUCUAGAUAUGACAUUAUUCACAGGUAGAUAUUCCACAUUUUAUCUACAAUACUCAAUAAUACUCAGCUGACCCAAUAUGUAACAUUUAUCUUUGGUUAAUUAAUGAUUUGUGUUAAUAUAUCACAUAUAUACUUUGUAAUAUUACAUUAGUAGUGUAUUCUUAUAUUCUGUUACAACCGAGGAAAGCAACCUUAAAGUCCUUAAAUCAGAUGCACAACUUUCCUUGUAGACUGAUCAGGGCAUCAAAAACUUGACUGUAGAAGAAGCAAACAAGUUGGUGGUGAGUGACCCAGAUUAUGGAAUCCGAGACCUCUUUCAGUCUAUUGCCAAGAAGAACUUCCCAUCAUGGACCUUAUACAUUCAAGUCAUGACUUUUCAAGAAGCAGAGAAAUGUCCUUUCAAUCCUUUCGACGUAACCAAAGUAAGUGAAGCAAAUAUUUGCCAUCAGGGACUGUGAAACUCAGGAGAAUAUUAACUCAUACCUAUAUGACCUUUUAGAAGUUCUGACUUGGGUUACAAAGUUCUAGAAUGUUUAAGAUCUUUGUAGAUGCUGAAAAUAAAUUUUACUUAACUUAUUUUUACCUGAACCUAAUUCUAAGAUGAUAUGUAGUCCUAAGUAUCAUUUUAACGUCAGGAGAGCCAACUCUAAGGUGUCUGGUGCCUUAGAAAACUGAAAGACACUUCUAGUUGAAUUCUGGUUAUUUUAAUUUUGAUUAACUAUAGGAAACAUCAAGUCAGAAAAUGUUGUACAAUUGGUCAGAUAUGUACUGUGAUUAUUUCAAAUAGUCCCAAAUGUGUCUCUUGCUGUUUCUUUGCUUUUCUUGUGCUGCUGCCUGACCCCUCUAAGUUGACAAUAGACGACCAAGGCUACCAGUGGGUUGGUGCUCCACUGCAAGCAAUAAAUUAUAUAGCUGGAGAGAGUCCCUAAUCUGCCCAGUCCUUCAUCAUCAGCAGAAGUGCAGUGAUCACCAGACCAGUGAAGUGUAGCACACUAAUAGGGCUUCAAGAUCUUCAUAUGAGAUUGGUGCAUGUGGAGGUGGUUCCCCCAACAGCGUAGCACCUUGCCUAUGUCGUCUUAAUGGUGGAUCCAUCAGUCCAUAAAUCUAACCCUAAAUUUAAACCUAAGUGUUCUAAUUCUUGGUGCUCUAGCUCACUUCGUAACCCUAACAGUCAGAGAAACUCGAAUUUUACUCUCUAGAACCUUUCUGAACAGACCUUUUAAGCCCCUCUGUAGGUCGAUUCCCCAGGCAUCAUGUAACGAAACCCACUUAAACAUGACAACUGCAUGAAUUCUGGUAAUUAAUAAUGGUGGUUCCUUCUGUCUUUUCAUUCUUGUCCAAAGGAACUGUCUCAAAAAAAAAAACCACAACUUUUUAUUAACACAUUGUGUGGGAUACAAUGAAUGAAUUAAAUUUACAAGCUGAUAUUAAGCCAAAAUAAAAAUUAAACAAAGAUUGCUGACUACUCCUUAAAUUCUUAUGUGUUCUUGUUUAAACUGUUCUGUAGCUUCAGGCAACACUUUCUUUUUAAAGUGUGAGUUGGGGGUGGGAGAGGAAUGCAGUAAAAUAAAAAUUUAAUAGGAAGAGAUAUUUAAGGCUGCUUACUGGGAGCAUGGAACACGUGGACAGUUAGUCCAUAAGGAAUUUAUUCACUAAAGAGGGAAUUGUGGAGACAUGAAAAAAUUGCUUGCAAAGUUUAGAGCAAAAUAAUCACGUUAAAAACUUUAUCCAACCUGGGCCUUGAUCUAAUAUUUUUGGAUAAGCUAAACUUCUCAAAUGAGUUAAUAUUUUUUUUUCCUACUGAUUUAUUUAUGAAUGUCUGGAUGGACAUAAGUAACAGAUGUCAUUAUUAUUAUUAUUGCCAAUAAGUCACAAGGUUUUCUUGUAUGAGAACUCUGGAAUGUGGAUUGGGGGUCUUGUCCUUAAGAGCCACCUGACCAGCAAAACCUACGUCGGGGCUCUAUCCUAACACCCAACCUUGACUGCAGGCUACAAUUUGAUAGUGACCUGCAUAUUGUUAGCUAACUUUUGUCCACGGAUUUAUUUUUACGAUAUCUACCAGCAGCGGCCAGAAUUGGGUGUUUUGAUACUUUGGCGGGUGAUCUGCAUUAUUCCAACAGACAGUGAUAGCUAGAUAUACUGUUUGAUAGGUGCCCUCGAAGGCACAGUAUAGUUUAUAGCUGCAGGGACCUUAUCUGCCGAUUAGCUAGCAUUUAAAAUUCUUCAGCCUAAGACAGAGUUAGAAGAAUCAGCUUCUGAAUAGGUGCCCUUGAAGGCACAGAUUAGCUUACCCCUGUUUCUACACUUCAUAUAUUUGCUCUCCUCGAGUGCACAACUAUCGUCAGACACUACUGUCUCUUGCACAAUUUUUGCAGUAUUACUAUUUUUCCUGCCCUUUUUUGACGGUAUAUUGUAUUUAGCAACAGUGAUUUUUUACUAACAGUGCUACAGGGUGACUUUUAUAGAUUUUGAGAUUUGAGAUUGUCUUCACCUUUAUCACAUAUCCUUUUUAUUUUAUUUUUCUCUUUUUUGUGUAUAUAUAUAUAUAUAUAUAUAUAUAUAUAUAUAUAUAUAUAUAUAUAUAUAUAUAUAUAUAUAUAUAUAUAUAUAUAUAUAUAUAUAAAUAUAUUAAAAGUUAAGUUUUAUUCUAUUUCCAUCAACACAGGCUUAGAGCUAGUUCCUCUCGUCUCCUUACAGUCUUGUCCUUAUAUGGCUAGAGUUAUACUGUGACGUCAGAAUGGGCACAUCUAAAUAGUAACUGAACAAAGGGACGAGGUCUCUCGCUCUCUCGUUCUCAGUUAUGUAACGAUGUACCAUAUAUACUCAAGUAUAAGUCUAGUUUUUCAGCACAUUAUUCGUCUUAUACUCGAGUCAGUGUCUGUAUUAUGGCAACUUACAUUGCAAUAAUACAGACCAGGACCGCCGGGCUCAUUACAAGCUCGGCGGUCCUGUUGGGGGCUGGCAGAGAGCUGUUACUUACCUUCCUGCAGCUCCUGUCAGCAUCCUUCUCCUCCACUGUAAGUCUCGCGGUGUGACUGCUGCGCGGAGCGUUGCCACGGUAACCCGUGGCAACGCUCUGACCCAGCGGCUCUCGCGAGACUUGCAGUGGAGCUGACCAGACCAGAGGAGAAGGGAGCUGACAGGAGCUGCAGGAAAGGUAAGUAACAGCUCUCUGCCAGCCCCCCUCCUACACAGCCCAUCCACUGGACCACCAGGGAAUAAGAGCCCCCCUCCCUGGCCAGCUAACAAGCAGGGAGGGGGGAUGAAAAUAAAAAUUAAAUAAUAAUAAUAAAAAAUAAUAUUACAAUAAAAAAAUUAAAAUAUUAAAAUUAAAAAAGUAAAUAAUAAAAUAAAAAAUAAUACUAAAAUCAAAAAAUUUAAAUAUUAAAAUUAAAAUAAUUUAAAAUAAUAAAAAUGCCCUCCCCCACCCAGUUCACACACAAACACACAUUCAUACAAACACACACACACUGCAUUAUAUACACACACACUGCAUUAUAUACACACUCAUACAAACACACACUCUGCAUUAUACACACACUCAUACAAACACACACUCUGCAUUAUAUACACACACACACACACACACACUCUGCAUUCACACAAACACACACACUCUGCAUUAUAUAAUGCAGAGUGUGUGUUUGUAUGAGUGUGUCCGUAUAUAAUGCAGAGUGUGUGUUUGUAUGAGUGUGUGUGUAUAAUGCAGAGAGUGUGUAUGAGUGUGUGUGUGUAUAAUGCAGUGUGUGUGUAUAAUGCAGUGUGUGUGUGUGUGUGUGUGUGUAAUGCAGAGUGUGUGUAUGUAUAAUGCAGAGUGUGUGUAUGAGUGUGUGUGUGUAUAAUGCAGAGUGUGUGUGUGUAUAUAAUGCAGUGUGUGUGUUUGUAUGAGUGUGUGUGUAUAUAAUUAUAAAAAUCACAGAAUUUCAUAGCCCCAAGUUUUACCCUCGACUUAUCCACGAGGCAUUGCAUAUUUCACCAUUGUUGGUCACAAAACUGCACUCGACUUAUACAUGAGAUCGACUUAUACACGAGUAUAUACGGUAACUCUCCCUUUUUACAUUUACCUUUUUCAUCCCUUCUUUAUUAUCUUUCACCUUACAAACUCCCAACAUGUAGUUUUAAUAAGAAUUUGAUAGCCAGAGGGUUAAUGACUUUGAUUCAGUGCCAACUUUUUAAGAAUUUGGAUUACGUUUCUGCAUGUGUCACACUGCUGUAUGGUAUACAAUUAUGUAAAAAAUAUAUAUAUUAAUAUAUCUUAAAAUAUCAAUAUAUUAAAAUACUUUUCAAAACAUUAAACCACUGUAUACGUUUAUCAAAAAAUAUAAAAUCAUUUGAAAAGUGUAUCUAAACAUAUUGAAUCAAGGUCUUUGUUUCAUAGUAAAAUCCUUUUCCCAGCUUGGCCUAGAGUUUGGAAUUAGUUUUUUACAGCUCUCGAACAUUGUUGCUUAGUACAUAAACCCCUAAUAGUGUCAUGUAGACAGGUUUAGCUUUCAUACGCUUCUACGGGGAAAUCAGAUAAUUACUUACAACAGCUGAGAAUGUCAAUGAUUAAAGGGGUACCAUAAGUACCAUAACCACUAUAGUUUAUUGUAGCAGUUAUGAUGCAAUUCAUAUGGCUUCUUGUCAAAAUUUUUAAUAAAAAUUGAGGCUCCCUGUGGUGUAUUAAUGAAAUAACUUUGUAACAUCACCCAGCUUACCUGCAUGUUUUAAUUAUUUAGAACAAAAUGUCUGCCUAAUGAGUUUUUUGAUUUAACUGUUUGUGCACUUUGAUCUUCUGCAGGUAUGGCCUCACGCUGAGUACCCACUUAUCCCAGUGGGUAAACUGGUACUGAACAAGAAUCCAGAGAACUAUUUUGCCCAAGUGGAGCAGUUGGCUUUUGACCCAAGUAAUAUGCCCCCUGGAAUUGAACCAAGCCCAGAUAAAAUGCUUCAGGUGAGACUGUCCAUUGCUUCUGUCGCCCAUACCUGGUGGUCUGAAUUUAGGACAAUUCUGCAACAAAUCGUGAAACUAUAUAAAUAAUUCAAUAAUUUAGUUUAUAAAUAGCAAUUUCCACUAAUGACCCCUUUUGAUUGAGCAAAUGCACACAUCUCAAGUUUGGGCUCAGCUGAUACUAAGUAUUACCGAUAUCUGUCACGUUUUCUGGUGGUGAUGGUGUUAAAUUUGGCGAACAAAGAAGACAAUAACUUUGCACAGACUGUGAUGCUUGACCCCAUAAACAAUGGGAUAGAUUUUAAACAGGAUUGAACAAAAAUAAGGAAUUUCCCUCCAAUUAGUAUGCUACAAACAGAAGAUACAGAUAUAUAAAAUACCUACAGGAACUCUCCUCAAACUCCACUUUUGAUAACUGGUAACAGGAAUGCACAGAAUCAGUAUGAACACCAGUUAACCAGAUACAAUGCAGCAACUUUACAAGACUUUAUAAAACUGAAUAGGAGUUCACAUGGAAGCGGAACAGUGUCGUCUGAGAGUACCAGAGUGGAGACUUAAUGAAGUACAAUGUAUAAUACCUGUUAUAGUGCUUAGGCAGUUCAUGAGUUUGAAGUAGGAUAUUUUCGAGGAGAGGUGGUGACACAAGUAACAGAUAUAAGUGAGUGUUAGAAUUUACAGAGAGUUGAACAGCAGUGUCUACCACGAGUCUGAAAUGCAGGAAGGAGAAUUAUGGAGGCUUUGGUUUAUUCAAAGUCCAUAAAUGUAGUCAGGAUAUCGUAGCUAAGAUCAGAAGCCACUAUACCAUAAAAGGUACCAGACAGGUUGCUUGGAAUGGUCUCAAACCGAGGCUGAAAGGCAGAGGUGUUAUACAUGUUGAAGCAAACUAGGGAGACUCAAUGGUCGAGUCCACCUACAAUUACAGAUACCCACAUCUAGCACUUCAGUCAUAUAGUGAUUAUAGUUCUCUUGCACCCCAAAAGCUCUCCAUCUUUCAUUGAACUACUUUUUACCGGGACACAGAGUAUGUAGACCUUGUUGUUUGAUGUAUACUUACGUAAAUCAUACUUAAAUAGUGUACCAACAGAAUAAUAUUAUUUUCAUCUAACCAAGCCAAUUUCCAACUACCAAUAUUUUUGGAUAAACUUUUCAAAUGAUUUAAUCUUUUUGGACAAAUUAUUUCUAAAAUUAGUUUUUCAAAAUAUUAAAAUAUCAAAUAAUAUAUGAUACCUAAAAAAAAAAAAAAAAAAUCUAAAUAUUAGCAUAUUUUUCAAAAUAGUAAAUCUUUAUAAAAAUUAAUUCCAAAUAUUACAUCAAGGCUAUAGUAGGGGAAAUACGUUAUGGUAUAUAUAUAAAAAAAAAAAUCUGUGCUCUUUGGUGGACAAAUUUAAAAUCAACCAGCACAAGGUGUAGUCUGUGUUUUUAAAUUAUGGGGUUGUAUUUUUUGUGAUAACUGAUCAUUUUUAAUAUAUAUCACUUUUUAUUCCAGGGUCGUCUCUUCUCUUACCCAGACACACAUAGACACCGCCUGGGACCAAACUACUUACAUAUCCCCGUCAACUCCUCUCGGCUAGCAAAAGUGGCCAAUUUCCAGCAGGACGGGCCAAUGUGCAUGUUUCACAAACCCAGUAAGUGUGCAGACAGGCUCGUGAUACAAUGUGAUUAACACUGUGAAUGUAUAGACAGACGUAAAUACAGCAAGUGUGGGACAGACGGUGCUUGUUGCAAGAUUCCGAAAAAGAAGUACUUUAUACGUUUUAUAAACUUCACAAAAACUUCACAUUUUCUAAAAAAAAAACAAAGCUGAAUUAUUUUGCUGAUCAUAUGAUGUUUUUUCCUUUUCCCAGAGAAAGUUUUGUGCUCCGUAAGAGAGUAAGACUUGUAGCUAGCUGGCAUAAGUCAGAAUUUGCUCUCUCUUAUUCCCAUCAAAGCCUCUGAAUAAUUACAGAUACUCCCAUUAUAAAACAAGACGAACCUCACAUGGACUUAAUGCUGUUUGAUCGAUUGAUAGAAUCACACAGCUAAAUAAGUUCUUUGUAUAUUAUCUUGUUGAAACAGCAGGGCGUUGCAAGCUCAUGACUGUAAGCUGACCCAAAGUACACAAACGUUCCUAAUGAGACACUGGAAACAAAAGCUGCCAUGUUACCUAACAUUUUAAACAUUUUAUUAGUUUGUUCGUUAAAGGUAAAGGGUCAAAUUUAAGGCGGUUCUCUAAUUUAAUUGCUACAUAAUUUUUAUCAACUGUUUGACUUGACCUUUAAAAUACAUCUUUCUACUUCAAAAGCGUUAGUCUUCGUCAAUUAAACAGUGAAUUGUAGAGAUUUUAAAGGGACAGUGUAAGCACAGCACAACUUUGUAUACUUGCAUAAAAAAGUAAAUAAACAAAUAUAAAAUGAUAAAUGCAUUUAAAGUCUCCUUUAAUGCACUGUUAAGUUUACUUACAGGCCGAUUCCUCCCUAUUUAGAGACACUUAUCCCAUAAAUCCCUUUCUGGCAGAGAUCCCUGCAUUAGUUUAUCGCCAAGAUAUGUUCCACUCACUACGUAAGUUUAGGGGACAUGGUAACAGCCAUAUAAAAGACAAUAAAUGGAAAGUUAAAUAAAUAUAGUUGAAGUGCACAAAAUUACUGUGCUUGGAGUGGCCCUUUAAGAUGCACUUGAUAUGGCCCUACUACCCUCCUGCGCUCCCUGUGAUGUAGGCAGUUGCUGUGUAGACUCUGCGAAACAUCUGUUUUUGAUAAAUAAGGGGAGCCUUGCAAAUUUAAUCCCAUGGAGCAAAGUUUACACAAUGUCCUAGGAAGUGUUGCCAGAUUUUAUAACAGGACACCAACGUGGAAUAGGGCCCCGAAUUCUGUGUUUUUUUGUUUUUUUUUUAUAUACUAAUCUUUAAUUGAAAAUGAAAUUUAUAAAACUUCACUUGUGCCCAAAAUAUAAUGUUACAUUCCGACUAUCACAACACGUUAACUUAGUAAACUCAUAUCGUAGAGUAAAAGAAUCGUCAUUAAAAUGAAUUUAAAAGGUCUUUGAUGCCCCCUAGUGAUUCUAUGGGUUACUACAGACAAUUUUUGCAGUUCUCAGAAUGUUAUUACUAUUUUCUGCAGCACUUUAGAAUUAUGCAAAGGGGAUAUUUAACAAUAAAUAAUUGACAGAGAGAGAAAAAAAAGGUAUAAAAAACACAUUUUAGUAGCCAACUGAGUGUUUGUUACCCCACCCUGUGCCCAGUGCACUCCCUGCUAGUAAAUAUUACUGUAUAUUUUUAAACGUAGGACAACUAGUAAACCAGGCACAGUUUCUUUUAUGUUUUGUAUUGUUAUAUUUGCUUUUUUUCCGUGUGACGGAUGCGUUCACAGUAAAUAUUUGUCCUGAAUCUGUGAUACAUAGAGUAACUUCCUGGUAACGUGUUCUAAUUGUUAUUUAGGCAACAUGCCAAAUUACUUUCCAAAUAGCUUCUGCCACCUGCGGGAUCACUCCACAUUCAAAGAAACCUGUUGUAACGUCUCGGGAGAUAUUGCUCGGCACAGCGCUGAUGAUGAAGACAAUGUUUCCCAGGUCAGAAAAUCACAAUCGUGUUCUUUAUGAAGAAGUGGGUUUAAGAAAAAAAAAAGGCAGAUCCCCAAAAAACUCAAAAUUUAACACUUUUAAACAGACUUUGCACUCAAUGGCUUAAUAAUAUUAAAAGAUGGUGAUUUAUUUAACGCCUAAUCUGUGAAUACAGAAUAGUCAACAUUUCAGUGCCAACAGUAUCUGUCCGUCUGUUUGUCCAUCCAUCUCUCCAUCAAUCUCAAAGUACUACAUAUGGCCACAUUUCCUAAAUUUGGAGUGCGUACUUACAUUAAGGGUUGCUAGUAAUAGAAUGGAGUCAAUCUUUCUGGUCCCCUAGGCACAAGGCAACCAGUGGAGGCAAGGCUCCGGGUAUGCUUUUCCUUAGGAAUAUGGGGGAACAUGGCAAAGAUCCCCCUAUGGCCACACCAUCAACCACCAGAUGUUAUUACUCCAUGACUAGUACAUUUAACACAUGGGGAAUGUUUGGGGAAUGAACUUCAGGAGUAAAUGUGUUUAUUUUUUGGUUUUGUGCUUUUACAAUUCAGGUUAGAACUUUCUACAACAAAACGUUGAGUGAGGACGAGAGGAAGAGGCUGUGUGAAAACAUUGCCCAGAGCUUGAAAGACGCUCAGCUAUUCAUUCAAGAACGAGCAGUAAGUAACAUUUAUUUGUAAAUGAUACUGACGAAGCAGGGAGAUGCAGUGCAGAUAGCGAUGGCUAAUGUACGUCUGUUGAUACGAAAGUGGUGGACUCAAGAGAGAGAGAAUUAUAGAGGAAGUGAGCCUUUAGAUUAGGACAGUACUGCAUUCUAAUCACUUUCUUUAUUAUUAGUUAAUUAUUUAUUAUAUCUAAUGUGUGUUGUAUCUUGUUUUCACAAUGUGCUUUUUUUGGGAAUGUAUGGAUCUCUUUUAUAGAAUACUUUGAACACAUAAUGGGGUUCUUAAUUAAACUCUGAAUUUUUGCAAAUUAAAUCUGAAUGUAAAAACAGUAACUGAUCGGGAAAAAAUUCCUCAACUCCGCCAUAGUUACAACAUGGCAAUUUUUGCAUCGGUUUUGCCAUAAUUUAUUUGUUGACUAUUCAGAGUUUAGUGAACAAUCUGCCCAGCAAUCUUUUACAAAUUGGUUUAUUUACCUAAAAAGGAUCUGUAGUUAAAUGAAAACAAAUUGUAGCUAAGUAAUAAAAAUAGCAGCUAUUAUAGAAUUCAAGUUCAGCUAUAUUUUACAAUGUGGACGUCAGACUAUUAUUUACUAAACAAUGAUGUCUGCUAAAGUAACGGUAACUUGCGAAAAUCCCAACUUGUUUGGUUGGAAGAGCGUAGUCGGUAAUUAGUACAGUCCUGCUGAAUCCAUAAUGUUUCAGAAGACUUUCUAGACUCUACGUAUCUUGACCGGACAAUUAAACCUUGACGUUAUUCAAUUAAAACAUUAUUUUUGCUUUUCUCCAGGUGAAAAACUUCACAGAUGUUGAUCUCAAUUUUGGUGCUCGUAUCAAAGCGCUACUUAAUAAAUAUAAUGCAGAAGAUGGAGUAAAGGUAUGGAGUCUUAAAGUAGAAUUUCCCUCCAGUUUGUCUUGGUUGAAGAGCAAAGGCCAACUUAGAAUUAGAAUUAAUUAUUUACAGCAGAAAAGGCCAGGGACUAAUGGAAGUAUUUUGAAAAUUUGGAAUACUAGAUGGGCCGAAUGGUUCUUAACUGUGGUCACAUUCUACGUUUCUAUGUUUCUUUGAGGUUUGUCAACUAGUAGUGUUUAUUAUGUAGAACAUUGCAUAAUGUUUGUAAAUGUGUUACUAGGAGACCAUUGGGGCAACAUUCUAGAGCAGUGUUGGGCAAAAGGUUGAUCCUCAAAUGUUGUAGAACUACAACUGCUACAACUGCCAUUAUGCUUUGUCAGCCUCUAGAAUAGCAGAGCAUCAUGGGAUUUGCAGUCCUACAACAUCUGGAGAUGUACAUUUUGCCUACUUUUGUUCUAGAGCAGGCAUAGGCAACCUUCGGCACUCCAGAUGUGUUGGACUACACCUCUCAUGAUGCUUUGCCAGCAUUAUUGGUGUAAGAGCAUUAUGGAGGAUGUAGUCCACAACAUCUGGAGUACCGAAGGUUGCCUACCCCUGUUCUAGAGCAAUCACUAUAGAUAUCCGUCCAUUGUUUUUCGUUUUGUUUUUUUAGUAAAAAUUUUAGAACUUUGCCACAGUUUCCUAUUGGCCCUUUUUUGCAGGUACUGUCUGUGAAUUAUUUAAAAAAAAUGGAACAUUAGUUGAUGGGGUUCCAAACUAGUUCAAUAUCCUACAAAUAGGAUUAUAAAUAUUACUUAUCUAUUAAUCCUCUACCACUAAGAAAUGCUCUGUCCCCAGUGGUGGUUGUAUCCUUCAGAAUCCCCUGUGACAGGGGAUUUAAUGAGCAGAUACUCAAUAUAUCUAAACUCCAUUUGUUGUCCUUUAGAGCAGAGGCGUGUAAUAACUGUAUUUCUCUUCUCACUUGACUUUUAGGAGCCAGUUAACAAUUAUGUUCGAUGUGUGUAA